AUGGAGGUGAACAGAAGAGCGGUGCCUCUUUAUGUAAGUGCCCAUAUGUUAUGCUCCACUUCCUAUAUCUCUGAUACGUUGGUGGUCCUGCAGAGGGGGUCUGUUUCUAUUUCUAUCUCUUGGGUGUGGUUGGUUUCCUGUAUUUAGCCUCCAAUUCUCCAUCUUUCCAUCAAAACGGCUGCUCUACAGUCUUCCUCUCCAGCCGUCUUCAUUCUCUCAGUCCUAACUCUCUCUCUGCUCUGUUAUUGACUCGUAAGCCUUGUGUCGCAGGUGAAACCCAAGCCAGGAGGGUUUCAGUCCCUUGGGAUGCCAGUCCUUACACACAAUACACAGCCAGCUCUCACCAAAUAAAAGCACCAAGGUUCCCACAAAGAACGCACAAGGCCAGACUUGGAGAGCGUGCAAAUUUGUUUCUUGGCCCUUUUUCUGUGCGGAGUGCACAUUUUUAGAAGUCUUUCUAAGAGCAGGGUGUGCAGGUGUGUUUUAAAUUAUCACUUUUUUUCCCCUGAAAUAUUUGAACUUUAAUUCUUUCAGCUACUUUCUCUCUCCCCCGUGAGUCCUCUAUAUCCGCCACCUUUCUCUCGCCCUUCUUCUCUCGUGAGUUUUGAAGCCUGGGUGGGCCGGACGCUGAAACGAUGCCAGAUUUCUGGUAAGCAGAGUGUCUGCUUGUUUUGCUGUGUCACCACUUUCAAAUGGGGGAGGGGACGCCUGCUCCGAAAAACCCAGCCUUCACUCGCUUUAUAGAGGCUGAUUGAGGACCGGUUUGAAACCCAGGCAUGUGAAUCAUUACGGGCUCACACACACCUCUCCAUUAAGAGGAAGUGGCGUCUCCACCCUCUCAGGUCACAGCUCAACAGGAGCAACUCUCACCACUGAAUGGGAUCCAGAUUUCAAUGCUGGGCUUUGUGUGGGCGAGCCAAGGCGCACCGCUGAGAUAUAAAGGCUGUUAUUGUAACACCUUUAGCAAAGUGUUACGGUGCACCUCCACACAUGCAACAUUGUGCACGCCAGUGGCAGAUACUGCCAGGCCAGAUCGAUGGAUAAAUGGCUGCAUUGACUUGCAGGAAGAAAGUGUGGGACUCUGUGUUGAAAGAGGUUUUAUUGGGCUCCAAUGCUGGAUUUGAAGUCAAAGUGGUUUUGUUCAGGCAGGGUGAGGAGAUUUUAGCCCCUUUGCAAGGAGACUUGCUGCUCUCAUGUUGCUAAGCUUAAAAAAGAAAUGUGUUUCUAGAGUUAUGAUCUCCAGAGGAUGUACCUUCAGAACUUCGGUUAUCUUCUUCAACUUCAUUUGACACCCACACUCACAAAUACUGUAUAAAUGAAAGAUAUCUGUAAAAUAAAAGAUAAGUUAUAAGUCUUCAGGAAUUCAUGUUCCUCAGAGGAUGAAAUUAGUCAAAAGGCAAAAGGGCUGGGUGAUAAACCGAAAAUGUACCGAUACAGAGAUUUACAAUAACCAAAGGUUUUGGAUGUGUGUAGGUAGGCUAUGGUAUCAUGUCCCUUUAAGACGCUGUCCUAUGUCAGAGACGUGACUCCACCACAUCCAGUCCGUAACAAAGAGGAAAAGACAUGUGAGGGGAUGGAGGACGGUUCAAAAGUUGUAGUAGCUGAAGUAGAUGAAGUUAAUGUGGGAGGGGGUGAGCAGCUUGUGGAGUAGUUAUCAUCCAUAGGUGAACUGCUCAAUAUAUCGUGAUAAUGAAUUGAGGCCAUAUCGCCCAGCCCUAAAAGGCACCUUCUUACUUAUGCUGUAUUGGGCUCUACUUUUUGGCGUCAUUUUAAGUCAAUAGUGCCAAUAACUACAGCAGAUACUACAUCCAAAAAUCAACAUCUAAUAUUUUGAGCAUGUUAGCCUUAUGCUAACAUGUUCCUAAAAGACAGCUUUCUCCUUGAGUGGGGUCUCUCAGACAUGCUGUUUGUUGAUUCUUGCUCCUUUAUUGCAGCUAUUAGCUCAGCAUACAAAAUGUCAUGUUCAGCAAUGGUUAUAGAUUAGCUUUUUCCUCACCAAAGCAUGUUUGCUUUAUGCUAGGAGGCUGAGAUAGCGACAGUUAUCACAGUGCUCUUUGAUUUAUGGGUACUGGUGUUUUAUGUUGUAUGUUUUUUUUUCUCUCUUUAAGUGCAGUGUGGACUGUGUUUGCUGUACUUUUCACUUAUAUGUCAAACCAACAAAAACUCACCCUACCUGUCAUUUAUUGACUUCUGAUAAGCUUGUAGACCAGUAAAGACGGGAAAUCUCCAACAAACGGGCAGGUACCUUUAUUUUCAAGUGCUCGGGUUCGAUUUUUCGCCCUUGUAUUACAAAAUCCAAGUUUUUCUUCUCUUUUUUCCCUUCUUAUUACAUAACAAUAAGUCUGUUCUUGGCAGCUAUGUUCUGUGAAAAUGAAAUGUUUAUGGCAUGGCUCCAGUUUUACUGACAGCCCUUCUUGACAUGCAGACUAGUUAUUAGUAUCUCAUUUGCACAGCAGAUUAAAUCAGAGGUAUUUGUCUCAGCUGAGUAUGAGAAAAGGCCUACAGCACAGUUUUAGCUACCACUCUCCAGACUUCAAUGAGAUCCUGGUGCAUUGAGAUCCUUUAGAUCAAAUACCAGUUAUGCCACUGUCAAAACUGUGUGACUUUGAAAUAUGAAAAACAUUCACAUUCAGCUGCUUUGAACUUACCUCUGAGUACAGCUUUUUUAAAUACAGCAUAAUGCUGUUCUUUGGUGUUUUAACUGACUGAAUUAUGAAUAUUUAAAACAAAAACAUACGCCGUCCCCGCUGACGUCAGCUUCUCUCUCUGAGGGAAACGGCUGUUAUUGGAGCUGUUUUUGUUGUUGUUGCAGUGGCAGCGAUCAUGCUCCCCUGACGUCACCUACGUGUUGCACUCAGGAGAUCACUGCGAAGAGCUCUAAAGCUGAUGACUUCUGGUUUCCUGGAGACCACGAGCAGCAGAUCUGAUGUUGUUUUUCCCUUCUGAACGGACAACAACACACUAUAUGAAACCAUGCCACAUGUUCAUCCUUAAAAUUUUUUACUUAAACUCAAACCCAGACAAGUUGGUUUAAUUUAUUUAGGUUGCUUCUUCUAUUACAUGGUGUUGAACUUCCUCGUGUUUGUGUUCCAUAAUUAACACAUCAUCCCUGACCUUCAAAUGGCUUUAAACAUAUGGAAGGCAUGAGCUAAAACCACCCGGUGUUGAAUAUUUCAUUGUCACAGGAUCUGGUUGUAUCGUGAUAAAGCCCUGGAGUAAAGGCCAAAGAUCCCAUCAGUUUGACGUCUCAUCCCUCUUCUUCCUCCAGGUUCAGAAAAUACAGUUAUGAUCAAGAAAACUCUGUCUGUUUAAACUGAACCUGUGUUCGUAAUAUUUCCAAAGUCUGGACACCUAAACGGAGACAAACCCAAAGUAUAGGGCAAAGUUUCAAGACUUAAGUUGUUUUAAUCAUGAUGGUUAUCACUCACAGCUCACAAAUAUAUAUAUCAAACAAUCACUAUCUGAAAAUAUUAGUUUUUUUAUAAACACCAAUAAAAAGAAGGCUUUAUAAAACAGAGAUAUAGACCUUCAUGCAAACAGUUGGUUGAAGCUCUUUUUGUAUGAAUUACUGCAUCAGUGUGAGGUGGCAUGGAGGCGACCAGUCUAUGGCUCUGCUGUACGUCUUUUUCUAGAUGAUGGGGUUCAGUUCAGAUGAGUUCGUUAGCCAGUUAAGCACUGUAACACCAUAGUCAGCAAACCAGUUUCUGGUAGUUUUGGCGCUGUGGGCAGGUGUGAAAUCCUGCUGGAAAAGGAAAUCUGUCUCUGUAUAAAGCUCCUCGGCAGAUAGAAGCGUGAAGUGCACCAAAAUCUGCUGCAGUGACUCUGAUCUUGAUAAAACCCAGUCGACCAACAUCAGCAGAUGGUAUGGCACCCCAAACCAUCACAGACUGUGAAAGCUUCACACUGGACUUCAAGCACCUUAGAUUGUGCACCUGUAGAUGCUCUUUUCUUGGACUUAUUAAGAAGUUGGACUUUUCCACAAUGUUUUUUUUUUUUGUGUGUUUCGAGAGCUGCACGAUGUAAUCAUCAUUAUAGGAACAAUAAGAAGACAAUAAAAAAAGGUUUAUUAGAUGGAUUAAUUGAUUUUUCAAAGAUAUUUUACUUGUUUUCGAGGCACCCGUGUGAAGUCUCCAGUCUAAGUGAGCUCUUGGAUCUGAGUCUAGGGGACUCCAAGGAGAACCACUGCUCUUAGUGCUGCAACAUUAACUUUCUGGCUCAUUCAACAAGCUGAGAAACUGCAGAGUGAGUCAGACUUCUGUUUGCAGUCCCCGGACUGGGCUGUAAUGGGAAUUCUUAAAACACCAAGAGUGUAAGAGACAGAGAGACUGAUGUUAGUUUGAAGUUUUGGUUAUUAUAGCAGACUGUGAGAAAGCAAAGUAUUGAUCAGUUAGCCAAUGACCAGCUGCUCUUGAUCAUAUGUCUAAAGGUCUAAAGUCAUGAAACUUAGUUCUCUUUAUAGACCCAAACACACGCUGAACAUGCGACUUUCUGACAUCAGCAUGUUGAGACUAUAUUUAUGUGCAGCUCAGCAGUCAGUAGAACGACAACAGACCAUAUUUAAUCUUAUCUUUUUUACGACAGAGAUGCAGAUUUUGUUCAUCCUAACCCAAUCUAAAUUGAAAUUAUCAGCUGUUUUCGCCUCACUUAUCUAUAUUUAGCUGUUCUCACACUGAAAUGUCCCUGUAAAGAUUUCCCAGUAGGUUAUUGAGAAACCACAAAAAGGGCUGAGUUGGCGAGAGAGGAAGUGGUUACAGUCUCAAACUCUAAAGUUGAGCAGAUUAAGGCCCUUAAAAGUACACCUAAACAUGAUGGAUGCUUUAGGCUUAAGUAUCGACAAUGAGGAUAAAUUGAGGACUGUCCCAUAAAUCAGCAGAUAAAAACUCCCCAAGCUGAGGACAAGAACAUAGAAGAUAAGGAUAUUGCACAAGUAUGCGUUCCCUCUUGAACUCGUAAGAUACACUUUGAGCUCAACAGGAAUACGAUACUGCUUAAAUUUAGAGGCUCAUUUGUUUAUCUCAAAAAAGACUUAUACUCUUGUCUGUCCUUGAAGUCGCUGUAAAACAUCAGGAUGUGAGUUAAGGUGGUAGAGUCUUGUCUUUGUUCAGGUUUUUCUCCCUCAUCAGUAGAUCGUAGACCCUCCUGAGAGAGGGGUGUCUUUGGGGCGAUGCAUGAGUGAACAGAGUUUAGAUAAGGUCAGAGAAAGAACGGGGUCAACCUAACAGAAAUAAUGAAUCUCGUUAUGAGGAUGGAUCUUGAAGACGAUGCACGGCAGGGUGCAGCUCACUCCCAUUGAGAGAAAAUGACCACUUUCUGUUUUUUCUUUCUUUCUUUUUUUCUGUGCUGCUCAGUUUCGCUUCUCCUAAAACUGACGCAAACUAAGACUUUUUGUUCAAUGCUGCUUCUAUUUUCACUUUGACUCAGGGUUAUUUCAUUUCAGUGAGUCAGCACAUGAUAACAUGCUUUUGAAACUUAUGAAGAGUUAGAGGCAAACUAGAGGCGAAGAGAAAUGGAUCAAUAAUGGAAAGGGAUGAUGCUAGGGCUGAAACGAUUACUCGAGUAACUCGAGUAACUCGAUUAAUAAAAUUCCUCGAGGCAAAUUAUAUGCCUCGAGGAAUCGUUUAAAUCCGGAACCAUGUGCAGCGCACGGUGUUUGACACGGACGGUUAUUUCUGUUGCGCAGAAGCGUGCUCUUUCCGCUCCUUCCGCUGCCGCGCGUUUGGUUCAAUCAUGGAGGGAAACGAGGACAGACAGAAGCUGUGUCCGAAAUGGCAUACUGCCUGCUAUCUACUUACCUACUCAAGCAGUAGCUACUGCCUACUGACUACUCAAAGAUGAUUUGAGUAUGCCGCGGCUGCCCGAGCGUUUACACACAUACAUACUAAAUACCCCAGAAUGCAUUUCGUGCCGGCCGGACGCAGCGCCGGGAAAAUUUAAAUAGUCCUACCACAAGCUACAUAGAACGACUGCAUACCGGACAAAUUAUAUAAAUUCAUUCAAUAAUAAUAUUUUUUCUAGCGAGAAAGUAAGUGUUUACAUCACGAUUAUGAGCCCAGUUGUUUGAAAUAGUGGCUGUUUGUAAAUUUGUCUCGGCGUUUUCGGAGACCGAAGCGUCCACUUGGUCGGUGUUUGCGUCUAUUUACCGUAAACACCGGGCAGCAGCAGCUCCCCCUUCACGUUUCCAAAUUAUUGCGAAGUGUUUUCAUAAUCAACAUCUACACGACACAAACCGGGCGGCAGUGGAUGAAAAAAAUCACACAAACAUCCGUGUAUCCAUGGUGAUAAUGCUAUACACCACCUGCUAGGCGUGUGAUGAGCAGCAGAGGGCUGCAAAAUGACCAACACACAACAACAUGUAAAUAAAAAUGUAACACUUUUAUAUAUUGAAUAAAUGUACAUUUGCUUGUCAAAUUAUGUUAGUAUCCAAGAAUUAUAUUAUUUCAGCCUAUUAAUUAAACAAGUAAAAUUAGAUCCAAAGCCUGGAAAUAGUUGUGACUGGUUUAGUGAAAACUGCAAAGAUCAUUACCAUAGCAAUUAAAAGACCAUCUGCAGACCUUGCCUUCAGUAGUUUCAUGUGAACUACAUGGUAAAAUGUAAAACUUUUGGUUCCUGAUUUAUGCAGUAAAAAUAUUCAUUUGAAAGACCUGGCCUAUUUCAGUUUUGUGUGUUACUGAUGGUUUUUAAUGAGGCAAACGUGAUUCAAUGCAAAGUAUUACAGUGAGAGCAAAACAUUUCUUAUCCGAUCACUCGAUUAAUCGACAGAUUAAUCGAUAGAGUACUCGAUUACUAAAAUAAUCGAUAGCUGCAGCCCUAGAUGAUGCACAGUAGGGCUGGGCGAUAUGGCCUCAAAUCAAUAUCACGAUACAUUGAGCAGUUCACCUCAGUAACGAUAAAUGGACGAUACCUACUCCACAAGGUGCUUACCCCACCCCCCCACCCCCCACAUUAACUCCAUCUACUUCAGCCACCGCUACAACCGCUACAACUUUUGAACUGUCCUCCAUCUCCUCACCUGUCUUUCCCUCUUUGUUACAGACUGGCUGGGGUAGAGUUGCGUCUCUGACGUAGGACAGCGUCUUAAAGGGACAUGAGACCAUAGCCUACCUACACACAUCCAAAAACAACUUUUAUGAAUUAAUUUUUUUGACACCGAAUAUACCGAUAUGGGCAUAUUCGACGUCAGUUAAUGACGUUGGUUAUUGUCGUAAAUUUUGGUAUCAGUAAAUUUUCGGUUUAUCGCCCAGCCCUACUGCAGUGAGCAGGUGGUUAUGCAAAUUAGAGUCUUGACAGGGUGAGCAGGACCUGGUUACUUCUGAAAAGCAUGAACAAGAGUAAUAUAAUAUUAAUUUUAAAGUGUUUUUAUCAGUGUAAAAAGAUGGCCCCUGUGGUUAGACUGCUGUUUCCAUGGUAAUAUAUUCUUAUUAACCAGCCUCUGUUACAUUAAACUGAACAUCACAACUCACAGCCUUGUCAAACAUUAGCCUGCUUUAAUGAUGUAAACCACAUGAAGCUGAACGUUUCCUGGACCUUAAAAUUCUGAAUCCAAAACAAGAAAAUUCCUCACAUACCUGCAGAUUAUUGACACCGUUAGAGAAUGUAUACACUUUUUAAUCUUUGCGGCUCUUUUUUCUGAUCAGAUUUUGUACAUUUUUUCACCUCAGGGACAGCUGGAGGCCCAUGUCCUGUUACAAGCCAAGGCUCCUGAAGAGGCUGAGUUUUAUGUUGCUGUUCAAGGCUCUGAAUUUACACAUGUGACCACAGCAAAAAGAGGAGACAAUGGUGUGACCCUUUAUUUCACAGCUCCAGGUAUGACCUUCAGUCAGUCUCUAACAACCUUUAAAACCCUCCUCUGUGUCUUUCUUUCUUCCUUCCUUCCCUCCCUCCCUCCUUUGUUUUUUCUUCUUUCCUACUGUCCUUCCUUCCUUCCUUCAUCCCUCCCUCCUUCUUUUUUCUUCUUUCUUUCUGUCCUUCCUUACUUCCUUCCUUCCAUCCAUCCCUCCCUCCUCCAUUCCCAUCUUCUUUCUUUCUUUCUUUCUUUCUUAUUUCUUUUCCUUCUUCCCUUGCUUUCUUCCUUCUUUCCUUCCCUCCUCCUUCCUUUCCUUCUUCUUUCCUUUCUUCCUUCCUUCUUUCCUUCCUUCCCUCCUUUCUUUCUUUCUUUCUUUCUUUCUUUCUUUCUUUCUUUCUUUCUUUCUUUCUUAUUUCUUUUCCUUCUUCCCUUCCUUUCUUCCUUCCUUCCCUCCUCCUUCCUUUCCUUCUUCUUUCCUUCCUCCCCUCCUCCUUUCUUUCUUUCUUUCUUUCCUCCAUUGUCUAAUCACUUCUUCUGUCUGUUUUAGGCCAUGAUCGUGUGGAAGACGUCUCUGUCACUCCUUACUUCUACGCAGAUGACCUAGUAAAGCGAUGUGAGGGUGAAACAUCCCUCAAGUACCUCCGAGACGUUGCCCAGGAAGCCGCAGAGUACUUGAGCGUAAACAGGGACCAGCUUGGACCCCGAAGCUACCUGGAAGUCCUAAAGAGAUUUUCCACAUCUCCUCAGGCAGCUGAUGAGAAGUUUCCUGAUGGAGGGUCGGACCACAGUGGGAAGGAGGACAUGCUUUUAACGCAAAGUGCGGGGGAUGACGCUGGUGUCAGGCAGCUGGAUGUGAAGAUCACGCAGGCUAUGAGCAACAUGGAUUAUUUUCAGCAGUGGAAAAACACGGGUGAUCAGCUUAGAGAAGGUAAAUUCUUUAAGCUUAGCAAACAAGUCAAACAAAAGUGUGAUGAACUCUCAGGAAGUCCAAAUCUGAGAGGGUUUAUUUCAAAAAGAGAUGAUCUGCUUCUACCUGGGUCAUCUUCAGGGGCCCCUUUUCAAGCAGAUAUAUAAGAAAUCUGUUAAAUGUUGGUGAUAUUAUGUAAGCAAAAUCAAAUCUUUAGAUAGGCUGAAAGAGAGGAAAAGUGUCCAGCAAUGUGUGAAAAUAGGUUUGGAGUGAAUGUAAAUGACAGUGGAGCUGUGGCCCACACUAAACACAGUACUGAGCAGCAUACUCACAGAAGGAAAUACUGUGUUUUUUCAGUCUUCAUUAGGUAUCAUCAGAAUUUCUCAAUUUGUGUGAAGUGACCCUUACAGGAAAAAUAAUAUUUGCCUCUCAAGUUAAUGUGAUUGCUGUGCUGUUUUGGCGUUAAGCGGGUUUCAAACCCAACAUGAGAUCAGACUGUUCAGCCAAACUCUUUCAUCACAUGACGUGCAGGUCCAGCCAGCCAGCCAGCCAGCCAGGCAGAAGCCUGUGUUCUCCAAAGACGGAGCAAUUACUGCCAUUAUUCCUCUGCAGUCAGAUGAGGGUUGUCUUGCAGACCUCUGUGUCUAUUAAAUCAACUCCAGCAGUCCUCCUCCGCUCGGCCCUCCCACGGUUGUUUCUGGCAGCUGGACUCUGAUUUUGUUUUUUCUGAUGUCUCAUUAUUUUAAGCAUUGACGUAUCUCAUUGUUACUAACCUACUGCAUGCCAAGCUAUUACUUAAUAUUGAAUUUGUGCUGGUUUCUAGUAAAACUUGAAGAAAUUUAAAGGAUAAAUACGGAAAAACAUUCCGAGCCAGUACGGAUGGUUUAUUGCUGCUGCUUUUCACUUCACUCAUACCAGGUUGAAAGCUCAAAUCCUAUUCUGAAAAUUUAUCGCUGUGUCUCUGCUUAGUUCAUGAAUCAAAUAGCGAAAACAAAAGAUGGAAAAAAGAUUGACCCAAAGGGACUAGUUUCCUAGUUUUUGAUCAGAAUUGGCAAUUCGGAUUGACUCUGGAGAGAAAAAAAACAUUCAUAAAACAGUCAAACCUCAGAGUCUGCGGGUGAACGAUAUAAAACUGAUUUACUGAAUGUGCUUAUGUUGGCGCCACCAGCCUUUGUCAUACUGCCCUACACCUUUGAUGGUACCUCAGUAUUUAUAGUCAGUAACCGAAUAAUAAGAGGCUAAAUUCUAAAAUCAGCUGUUGUGAGUUGGUUGCUAAUUAAUUUAGCCUAAAUAAAACUUUUUGUUGUUGUUUAACACUUUAAAGAAAGCUAUGUUUGAUUUUAGUCAGCCCCUGGAGUAGUUUUAUAACCCACAAGAAGAAAUGUCCACAGUUUGAUAAAUUUCAGGCUAUUUUUUUAUUCCAAGUUACAAGAAAGAUUGUCGUCUGACUGUGGUCUUUGCUGAAAUCUGCAUUCAGUCUUGGUAGUGGAAUGAAAAAGUGAAUAUCCAUGCAAAACAUGGGUGAGGUGCAAAUGCAAAGUAGCUGUCGGCCUCCAUUCCCUCACUGCAUCAUUUGCUGGUCUAUAUGACAAUGACAUUCUUGUUAGUUGAACUUUGCUAGAAGAGCACGCUCAGCAUUCACUCCUCUCAGUUGGUUGAAACUGGGUCACAAUUAGCAGCACCAUUGUGGAGGUGAGGGGGCAUUUCGGUUCAUGCCAAGCUCCGGGAACGAGCUGGAAAGAGAAGGGGAAAUAAGUGUCGAAUUUUCCUGCGCAUUGUUUCUGGGUUGGAAAGCCAUGGCGGUUUUUCAGCUCAGGGAAAGUCCAGAAGAUGAAGUAUCUCUGGUCCUCUCCAAAAACAGUCAUUCACACUGUGCUUACAAAACAACAAGAGGGGAUAUGGAGGAUUUCUGCUGAGCUGUGAUCAGCAAAAUUCUGCUGCGUCAUACUAACUCUUGUAUUUAGUGUGAAAACAUGAGUCAGAGUCGCAGUGAAUGGGGAGUCUUUAGCGCCGUUAUAUCCAUUGUUUAUACUCCCUCAUGCUCUCGUGCACAAACGGGCAACUGACUGUUUUAAAGCAGAUGUUGGCUUCCUCCUGGUAGCAGAACUUUUGAUGUACUGCAGACCUCGUAUAACCCAGAACCUUUUAUUCUUUCAUCUCCACUUUUUGCUGUUGUCUUACAUUCCAUCCUAGGCAGCAGCUGUUCUGUACAUCUGCACAAAGCGGAGAGAGAGUGUGUAGGAUGGGCUUCAAUUUCAAUGGAAAGGUUUUCUUAAGGUUAAAUCUAUGAUAGAUUAUGAUUUUAGUGCAUUACAAUGAGAAGAAUGAAACAAUACAAACACGAGAUGAGAUAGCACCAAUAUGAGACAACAACAUAUGAUACAAUUCAGGAUGAGAUAAUACGAGACAGAAUGAUGCAAUACAAUUUUAUGCAGUACGAUACGAUACAAUAUGCUAAACUACCAUGCGAUAGGAUAUGCUACGAUACAAUAUGCUAUGCUAUGGUACAAUACGGUACAAUAUGCUAUGCUACGAUAUAAUACAAUAUGCUAAGCUUCAAUGCAAUGCAAUAUGCUACGAUACAAUAUGCAAAGUUAUGAUACAGUAUGCUACGCUAUGCUACACUACAUAUGAUACAAUAUACUAAGUUAUGAUGUGAUACAAUAUGGUACGAUACGCUACGUGAUACUAUACUAGGAUAUGAUAUGCUAAGUCGUGAUACAAUACGAUACGAUAUGUUAUGCUAAGCUGUGCUGUGCUCAGUAUAUGUUAAGAUACAAUACAAUAUGAUAUGCUAUGCUAUGCUAUGCUACCAAACGAUACAAUAUGCUAAGCUACCAUGUGAUACUACAUACUAAGCUACCAUAUGAUACCAUAUGCUACCAUACAACAUGCUAAGCUAUGAUACGAUAUGAUAUGCUACAAUACGAGAUGCUACGAUAUGCUAUGCUACGAUACAAUAUGCUGAGCUAUGAUACAAUAUACUAAGAUAUUCUAUGCUAUGCGACAUUAUGCUAUGCUACGAUACGAUGCGAUAUGCUAUGCUACAAUGUGAUACUGUAUGCUUCCAUAUUACAGUAUAUGCUAAGCUAUGAUACAAAACUAUAGGAUAUGCUACGAUAAGAUAUGCUAUGCUAUGAUACGAUAUGCUAAGCUAUGAUACAGUACGAUACGAUAUCCUAUGCUAUGCAACAUUAUGCUAUACUAUGAUACAUUACAAUACGAUAUGAUACGCUGUGCUGUGCUAUGCUGCAAUACGAUACAAUAUGCUAAGCUACGAUGCAAUACUAUCUGCUACGAUACGAUAUGCUUAGCUAUGAUACGAUACUAUAUGCUACACUAUGCUAUGCUAUGGUACGAUGUACUACAGUGAGCUAUGAUACAAUGCAAUAUGAUAUGAUACGAUUCACUUGCUAAUGAUGUAACGUUUGUGAUCCAAAUCAAAAUCUGAGAAAAAACGCUAGCUACACGUGACUUUUAAAGCAGCAAGUGGAGAAAGUUCAUAUAAAACACAAACUUUUGUCCAGUGAUUAGUGCAUUCACUGGUAAGCUGUAUUGUGGCCACUAUAUGACCACUUGUAGAGCAUGUGUCAGGCCCUGCCCUAUCAUAUACAAAGAGCAGAAAAGAAUGAGAGAUCAUACAGUUAAUUGAUUGUGGAUUAAGUUUUUUAAAUGGAUAAUAAAAAGUUAAAGUGGUUGGCUGAAAAUGUACUUGGUCGUCAGUUCAUCAACUUAACAGUCAGGUUGUAGAAUGAAUUUGUAACAUGGCAGUAGAUGUUAUUUUAUAACCUAAAAUUAGCUCAAAGACUGUUAUUUGCUUCACAUUUACUCAUUUUAAUAUGUUUUAAAGCCUUUCAUAACAGCUAAUAAAUCAGGUGAAAAUUCAUGUGAUCCAUCCGUUCAUUUCAGGUUAAGUUGCAGUAUGCUGUGUGUCCUUGCCCUUUCUUUAUUUUCCUUUUUUUUUAAAUUUUUCUAGUUUCUGAUCUCCAACCCCAAGAAACCCUCCUUCACCUUGCGGUGCGUUUGGGUUUGGUCCAUCUCGCCCAGUUCUUGAGCCACCAGCCGAGAGGUCAGAGGUUAUUGACCUUACCCAAUCAGGAUGGAGACACGCCUCUUCAGUUGGCUCAAAGGAACGGACAGCAUGGCAUGUUCAGGCUGCUGGCAGCGUAAGGCUAUGAUAAAUUUGUUCAAUAUGUUUUUCAUCUACUUUCUCACACUGACGCAGCUUUUACAGACUCAGGGAAACCUUGAAAAUGUCUCUAGGAGGAAUUUAAAGCUCUCUGAAGUCUGCUUUUAAUCCUGUGUGAAGGUCAAGCUAUCAGUUUUUAACAAUAUUAACAAGCUGUUAGAAAUAAUACACGAUCCAGGAUCAUGUUAGUCACUAUUUAAACUUAAUUAUCAGUUCAGGGAACCCAACCACUUCCUUGAUAAAAGGUGAAAUGUACACAAGUGUUAAUAAAACACCUUAAGGCGAGUUUGAUAACAGAGUUGGUCUUGCGCAAUAUGAAGUCAGUGGAUACAAAGCCAACGAAUGAUGUAACAAAAAGAGUAAAUAAAAAACUAAUGAGGGUUUCUGAUAAGGCCUGAUCGUGAAGCAGUUUCUGAAAACCUGCCUCUGAUUUAAGCGUUUUGGCUUCCUCUUUUUCCUCGUCAGUCCUCCAGACCCUGAUCCAGGUGUGAGGCGUGUCUGGUCCGACAGCUCCUGCAUGCUAAGGUUCUGCCCCAGGACGAACUCCCUGACCCUGACUGUCCGACAGAUACCCGGCAGCUGCCCACAGGACGCCAUCAUGAUCCUCAGAGAGAGACUCAGAGACCCCGGCAUCCUCGAACCUGUGAGAGCAGACUUUUUUAACCCACUUAUUAUAUAUAUAUAUAUGUACUACCAAACUUAGGGCAGACAUGGCUGAUAAAUAUCCUUUUGAUAAACUGUGCCUGCUGUCCAGAUCAGACAGCUCGCACAGGUUUUGUACAGGCUUGUGUAAACAGUUCGCCCUUGACUCUCACACCCUUUACUCACAAUCAGACAGUUUGAUAAGAGUUGAGCAAGUAACGGUUGAAAAAACAACAUUAUGGCUUUUGCUGCCAGUAAAUCAGGGAGAGUGUGUUACAGGGAAGGACCAUUAUUCAUUGGUGGUCGUCAAAUUUGACCGUAUAAUUAAAUAGUUAAGUUAAGACCUUUAUCAUGUUAUUUUUACCAUAAAAUACAGAGUGACUGUAGAAGUGAAGGAAAGAGGUGUUUUUGUUUCAGGUCAAGUGUCUGAGGGACGACAGCAAAGAGGAGUUUCUUCUGAAUGAUGGAGGUAAGCUCUUAAAAUUUGUGACUUAUAGGAGCUUAAUAGAUGUGUGAGUGAGGUUACUUGUGUAUUUUCAGCCAGUUUAGACAGGAUAUGGGUCUAUUGCAGAUAGUUUUGUAUCAACAUCUUUUUAUUUGAUAUACAUUGAUUUAAAAUGAUCCCUGGAUGUCCUUACAGUGGAUUAUACAUGAAAACAUGCCCUCUGGAUGCCCUUUCAGUAUAUAAAGAGUUGGAAAAGUGCGCUCUGAAUGCUGUGCCAGUACAUAUAAAAACAAAUGUGCUCUCCUGGUGCCUUUCCAAUAUAUAAAAUAUAAAAUAUGUAAAACAUUACUGUGGCUUAGAUGUAGAAAUGUGCCCUCUGAAUGAAAGUUAGAGCUCAGAAUUUCCUUCCAAUUAAUUAAAUGUGAUUAUUUACUUUUCUGAGAAGUUUUACCUCAUUAUGUAUAAGAGUUGUGAGUCAGGUUUGGUUUGAUUAAAGCAAGUGAAACAUGGCUGAUAAUAUCCUAAUAGACUGCUUUUCCAUCUUGCAAGAAUUUGCAUUCAUUUUUUAUUUUUUUAUGCAUUAAUAUUUUGUGUUUUUCUUUUACACAGUAACAAAUUUUGGCUUAAUUUGUCAGUUAUUUUAUUUUUAUUUUAUUCAUUUUAUAUAUUUUUUCGAACAUGAGCGUGCAACACGAGAAAGUAAACUGAAAAAAAACAAACAAAAACCAACAAGAAUAUUCAAAACAACAAUAACAAUAAUCAAAGCAAAAUUAAAUAAAUACUAAUAAUAAUAAUGUGAACCCAACAUAUCCGAAAAGGAGUAGGAUGAAGUAUUAUGCUUAUUUAAACCAACCCCUUCUCUGCUACUAAAUUUACAGUGAGUCUCUCCAACAUAUUAACAUUUUAUUCACAAAAAUAAAUAAUAAAUACAGCAAAUGAACAAGAUCAUAAAUUGGUGACAACUGUGUGUUUGUAUCGCUUUUUAAAUUGUUUCAGUGCAUAUUUGAUAUUUCCCUGGGGAAAGGAGGUCCCCCCUCACUCUUCUUUUAGUAUUUGUGCCUUAAUAUGUUGUAAUGAACCUUACACUGUGGGUAUCAGGAGUUCAAAAGACUCUUCCAGUCCUUUAAAAAACCCUCAGGCGACCUUCUGUCCAGUGUUGCCAAAAUACAAUUUCUUACUAGCUCAUCAUUAUUGCUUGACAAGCUAGAAGAGGGUCCGUACAACUACCUGUGGUCAUAAAAUGUUUCCCGAGACAGACUUAAAAUAAUCAAAACUUUAUGUGUGGUGAUACUGACUGACACACAGGGGGUGCCCUUAUUGUUUUUGUUUUUUGCCCCUGCUCCUCAAACUAACUGAAAACAGCACUGUACUGAAGUCUCUUUGCAAUGCCAAGAUCUUCAGCUUAUUAGGAACUACUUAUUUUUAUAUGAGAAACACAAGUGCAUGAAUCAGUGCAUAAAACCCUAAUAAAAUGAUGAUAAACAGUUGAAAUCGAUCGUCUGUUUACCCAAGAUCCUCACAUGUGAGAGGUGAGAGAGCUCCGAGCAGACACGUGCAUUUCCUGUGUUUCUGAGCGCCACACGUUGGCUCUCACAUGGAUUCGCUCGCUGCGUAAGAGAAGCUGCGAAAAACAAAACAAAACGUCAUCCGGAGGGGCGGACUGACACAAGCAUGUACACACACACACACACACACACACACACACACACACACACACACACACACACACGAACGCGAGCAUUGACAUUUAAACUCAAAGAUGUGGAUGAAUCAGAUGCUGAAGUAACUUAUUUACAAUCCUGGCAACUAAUGAGUCUGUAAUUGAAUUAAAAAGCAUCUUUUUAAUGUCUAUGAUCUUGUUUUAUUUGAAGCUAAUUGAAUAUAUUUUGUGUUUGAGGCUAUUUGAGGCCAGCGUUUAUAUAUAUAUAUAUUUUUUUUACUAUUGUCUAGAGCUUUAAAAUCCCCAGAUUACUCAGCCACAAAAGUAAUCUGGGGAUCUUAACAAAAGCAGUCAUUAGUCGCUGGCUUACUUUUGUCAUCGCAGUGGUCUCCGCACGCACAAACAGCCCUGGCCUCCUCGCCGCCUUUCUGUCUGUCUGUCUGUACGCGGCGGUAUGCGUGUGUAUUGAAAAUAUCUGGAAAACGAACCUCGCUGAUCCACUUGAACAAACAUUUCUAACCUCAGACAUCCAUCAUUUUACAACUGAAGGAGACUAAGAAAGCACUUCCAACAUCCAUAAAAGGCACACUCUCCUUUUACUCGUGCGUGUUUGUUCCUCAUCAGAAAAAUGUCAGGGUUUGAGGGUUUUUUUCCCCCUCCUGGGGUGACGCGCUCAGGCUGGCAUUCAGAGGCUUCCCACUGCUUCCUUUAUUUUCUCUCCUCAUUAUGCACAAACAUUCGGUGGCUCUCACCUAACCUGUAGCUACUGUAACCAUAGUGAUGGCAGAGCGCUGUAUUGACUCAUAAAGGGAAGCAGGAAGUGGACCUCAGUAUUGACCUUAACCCUGUCCCGACUUCUGCAGCCGCCCAUUAAUCCUCUCCAAAUAACAACGGCACAGUCGGGAGUAUGUGCUCUUCCUCUGGACACGCUGCUUCGCACGAGCACAACAUCUCCUUGCCAGUUUUUUUUUUUCCUUUCCUGGAUAGUCGAGUCACAUCCAGAGGACCUGAAUGUCCUCAGGAGGAGGAGGAGGCGAGCUUGAGUGUGUAAUGCAUCAACUUCUGCUUAAAUAUUUCUAUUUUGCACAGGCAUUAACAAGGAGCUCCAAACAGCAGCAGCAGCAGCAGCACCUGCACUGGUGGACAACGUGAGUAUACAUUCAGAUCUCCGGGCGAGCACGUGUCCUCGUCAGUCCUUGAAUGCAACCAUGUGUGAAUCUGUGCGCAUUUAAAGUCAUCAAACUUCAUGUUUUUCUUUUAAGGUUUUUGAAGAACAGCUCGUCCUGUCUCUGGAUGAUGAGGACGAUGAAGAGGAGCACCCGAUCUCUUCCUCAGGUUGGUUUUCUAUUCCUUACAAUUUGUCAUCAUCAGUCUGUUUGUAAACCUUGAAGGAUUACUUACUCAAGAAAAGUUGCAGCGCUGCUUUUAUUUUAAUACUUUGGCAAUACUGCCGAGGCAUCUGGCUUUCAUUGCUUGAUAGUGGAGUCAUACCCGGAGGAUCUGAUGUUGGCCAACAGCUCUUCCUGAGAGGAGGAGGAGGGAGAGAGUUCCAUGCCUCAACUUUGUGGGCAUCCUUUUUUUAUUCAGUUCAGGCACUAAUGAAUAGGUUAGAUAAUAAAAGAUGAGUAUGAUAUUAAAAAACUGUGGUUAUACUGAGCAGCAGCGCGUGGGAACAUGGAUUUUUGUCAUGUUGCUGGAGUCCUGUUUUGGAUCACAUCAUAGGAAAUCAAUACUCUUGUUUUUCCUCAAACACAGAUGAGGAUCAUUACUGUCUGAGCUGUUUGGUUUGAUAGAUGUGUUAUCCUCUUGAAGUCUGUCUCAAAUACUGCAUGUUGUUGAGUACAGACUGAAUGUUACCUGGUGUCAGGGUUAAGGCCAGACUCUUUUUGACGGGGGCAGCACGGACAUAGGCAGAGGUGACAGCAGAAGACCUUCUUAGCUUAUAUUUCUAGGGAUUUAAAGAGAUGCUUGUCCAAAGUCAGUUUAAAGCACAUUAGUACAUUUUAUGAAAAGUUAUAUUUUUGACGGCUUAAAGUGAACUUUCAAGCUUUGACUGCACUAUUUAAAAGCCUGUUUUUGUGAGUUUAUGGUGUGCAGACUCGCCUUCACUGCAGGAGGUCUGCAUGGUGAUUGGUUGAUAAUGCAGCUGUGCCAUUAUGACAGUGCUGACCGUUCUUAAAAACUCUUAGUUUACUUUUCCUCUGGUUUUGUUGUGUUUGUUUUGUUCUGGUUUAGGGAAUUUAAAGCAUGUUGCCUCUCAUCCUGCUCAGACGGGAAUAUGGCGGCACAGUUUAUAUUGUUUUUCUGCACCUUCUGCACAUACUUGGGGGAGCUUCUUUGCUUGUUUUUAGAGUCAAUUAAGAGACAAUUAAGUCUAUCGUAUUGUAUCGUAUCGUUACAGUGAAAAUAAAUGGCGGGGAAAGAGCCUAAACAGUUAACUUUAGCAUAGGUGUUGCUUCUAAAUAUGCUAGUAGCCCUUAAAAUUUUGGACCAAUCAGAUUUCGAGAGAGGACAGUGCCCUUGACCCUGUCAGGUAUCAGCAUGUGUGCAAACCCUCAGUUUUUUUCCACCAGAGGUGUCACCCCUACAGCAAAAAUAAUUCCCAUCCCAGCCAUCAGCUCAAGUUGUUUUAAAAUACUUUAAAAACUGAUUUUCAUGUUACACUGAGUGUUUGGCUAUCUCACGUUUUAAGUUUGAUAAAUGAAACAAGUUCAAAGUUUGUGAGGAGGCCUCGCUCACUCUCAAAGCUGUUGCUAAUGUUGGCGGGGCUUGUUCGACAGUCCCAGAGUGUCUCUAUCCACGGUGACUCAGUCUGAACGUCCAGGAAUCUGCCCUGUCACUGGGACAAAGACAGGAAUGGGGUCAGACUGGUCCCACUCAAAAAAUCCCAGCUUGAGCUGGUGGAUGCCUCCCCUCCUCUGCCGGCCUGUCACCCUGAGCUCUGCCAUCCCCUCCCCGCCCCUGACCCCCCCUCUGAACAGGACAGUGGAGCUCUGUGCUUGAAUUGAGAGGAGGGGGAAUGUUAACAAGCUCAAAUGUCAAAGGUUUACAAAAGCUGACAUUUUAGGUGAGCCACAUGUAUUAACCUCGAAUUCUCUUUAACCACACGCGUUUCAAUUAAGCUUGUACGAGCUCAGCGAGCACAAACACCUCCUGGCUUGUAAAAGACUUUUAAAGGAGGAUGCUUAAGUGCUUCAGGUGUUGCUGUGGUUACGGUGGAUGCUAAUUUCCUGUGUGUUGUUGCAGAAUAAUGAAGAGUUUGUUGUAAAUCCUGGAGAGACUGCUGAAUGGAGCCUGUAAACUCAUGUUAACUGUUAACCCUGUGGGUGUCUGCAUCAUUCCAGCCUGUGUGGUGUGGUGGGUUUGCCGCUGAAUAUCGGAGCGUGCUGCAUCCGUCAAAACAAGAAAACUGAAUAAGAUAUUUGAGAUCUGCCUUGAAUGUUGGAGCGCCGUGCUCGUGUCUUCAGUGUGUGAGAGCAGCCGAGAGGAAAUGCCUCUGUGAUGCCCAGGAUUUCCCUUACAUUAGUGCAGGCAUGGCUGGGCCAGACAUCAAAGUCUGGGUGGAAAACACACAGAGAGCUAUGAAAAUGGCUUUUCAUCAGGAGAGGUGAUUUUCCACACUCUUGUAAAUGUGCCAGCAGUGGCGCUAAAACUGUAUACAUCCUGGAAGCAUUUACUUCACUCAGACACUUAUCUAAUCUUUUUUGUUGCACUUGUAUUUUUAUACUUCAGUUAACUUAAUGUAGAAGUUCAGUUUUUUUAACUGGUGAAAUAAAAUGAGAAAAGCGAGAAAGUCACCUCCGAGCGGGAGUCAUUGUUAUUUUCCACUCCAUGCAGUCCGGAUUUUUUACACCCAGUGCCCAUAUUGUGGAAUAGAGUGAACUGGUGCCCAUGUUAGCGCCUAUGGGUGUAUAUAAAGUCGGUAUGUUGUUAUCUUGAGGAUGCAGAAGGCGUCGAUUCCAGCAGAACCAACAGAACCUCGUCUCAACACUGGAGCCCAUGGUGCAGAGCUUUUCUGCUUUAAGGAGGUUCAUUAGUAGGGCUGGGCGAUAAACCGAAAAUUUACAGAUCCUGAAGUGGAUGUAUGAUAUUAAUUUUAAAGUGUUUUUAUUAGUUUAAAAAUAUUGAUCCCUCUGGUUCUACUAUUGUUUCCAUGGCGAUAGAUUCUUAUUAACUAGCCUCUGUGAUGAGGCAAUAUUAAACUAGGGCUGGGCGAUCAACCGAAAAUUUACAGAUACCGAAAUUUACGACAAUAACCGAUGUCGUUUUGCCUAUGUCAUUAUUUAUGGUUUCAAAUAGAUUAAUAAAUAAAAGUUGGUUUUGGAUGUGUGUAGGUAGACUAUGGUCUGAUGUCCCUUUAAGACACUGUCCUACGUCAGAGACGUGACUCCACCCCAUCCAGUCCGUAACAGAGAGGGAAAGACAGGUGAGGAGACAGAGGACGGUUCAAAAGUUGUAGCGGCUGAAGUAGACAAAGUUAAUGUGGGAGGGAGUGAGCAGCCUGUGGAGUAGUUAUCGUCCAUUUAUCGUUAUUGAGGUGAACUGCUCAAUAUAUCGUGAUAUUGAUUUGAGGACAUAUCGCCCAGCCCUGUUGAUUGGCAAGAUAGUAAGAUGACUAUGAGAGGUCGCAACACAUGAUUUUUCUAUGCACUUGAACGUAACUGCUAAUAGUAAAUGCUACAGAAUUGCUCCCAUGGAUAUUAAGACCAAACUGUUUUAUUCCAGAAUAAACCCAUGUGAUCCAGCAGCAGAAAUAACAAAGAUUUAAUACAUUUAAUUCACUUUGUGGCCACAUUCAUUCAAAACUGAUUAAAGCUCCUGUGAGGAGUUUUUCCACAUCCCUAAAACAGACUGAAUUUCAUGUUGUGCCUUUUAUGCCAUCCUAAAGCAAACAAAACCAAUCAGCAGCAUGAUUGAUGAUUCUUGUUUCCUAUUUUUAAAGCCUGGAAGCGCUGCAAGGGUGUAGGUUUCAGCAGACUUCUGAAGAGAAGUAACUUUUUUUAUAUUUUCCACAUAAAAUAUUUACAAUGAAUGACACGUCUGACUGUCAAAAGUUGGCAGGUUGGGUUUUUUGGUCAUCAGACUCUGCAGUUUUGUUAUUUUAUCAGGUUACGUCAUGCUACUCUUGGAGCGUUUUUCUGUCUUUUUACACAUCUGUCUGAUGCGUUCAUGAGUAAUCGUUAUGAAAAAGUGGCUCCUCUCCAUGUUCUGUGACAGUUAAUCACUCGGGAGGAUGAAAACAAAUUCCUAAAGGACAUCUGCAGAAGUAGAAGUUAAUCUUGCCUUGGAAAGAGGAUAGGAAACAAAAGAGGAAUCUGUUUGAGGUAUUAUAAACUAUCCUGAAGCUAACCUAAGUUCGCUCUUGGUUUUUAUCACAGUAAAUGGACAUUCAGAGCAGUCAAGUGGAGCCCAGAGCCCCUUCAGUCAGCAUGUUUCAGACCUUCUGCUCUCCAUGAUCAGCAGCAGUAAUCAGACCAUCACACAACAGACACAGGUAACUCAAUAAUUUCAUCCUUAAUCUAAGAAUCUUCAUUUUAAUUUCUAUUUUUGACACUUUUUCUUCAUAUACUGCUUUUCUUUCCACUGUUUUUUCUAACAGGCAGGAGAUGAAGACGUCAAGUUCAGUGUCAGUGGAGUGACGAGCGACAGCACAGCGACCGAUUUUAGUUUAUGGGACACUGUGAGCUCAGAAGAUCUGCUUCCUGCGGCUGAAACUCCUUCACCACUUUCAGAGGAUUUCCACCCUCCAUCUGGACCUUACUCCCUCCAGCCCUCCCCUGCAGACCGGGCCCUUGCGAGGCUUAACCGCCCCAUCUUCUUUGAGCCAACCAGUCGGAGAGAAAGUCUUCACAUGGACACCUGUGACAUUAGGUAAUGGAAAUAAAUGGCAGUAUUUUAAAACCUGGGCUCUAGUUUUACAUAGUUUGGCCCAAAUUAUUAACAGUCACAGACAGUUUGAGGUGCUUUGGCUUCAUCCAUGAAAUUGACAUUCAAGACUGCAACUCUUUCUAUCUCUCUCUGUGGUAAAUUUGUACUGCCAGUAUUUGCCUAAAAAAGUUUAUCUUUCAACAGACAGCCCUAAGUUUUUUUUCUGAAUGGGCAAAAUCUUAGAUACUUUGAACAGAAAUAGACAUUACAUAACCACAAGACUCUAGUAAGGAAAACAGCAAUUUCACUCUCUAGAAUAAAGAACCACUGGGUUUAGGUUUACUCAAAAAUGUAGCUUGUAUUAUUGUUUGAUUUUUGUGAAUUAAAUUCUUAGUUAAUGUUAAAAUGAGCCAAAAUAACAUGAAAAGAAAAGAAAUCCCUGUGCCCUUUGAUGUAACAAAGCUAGCACAAAGCUAGUAAAUCUCACUUUUUAUGAUAGACGUCGAAUUUGAGAAGUCCCUUUUGUAUCGGUGUUUUUAGGAAUGAGGCAUUGUCAAAGUCAAUCAUCAGCAAAUCGAGUAUAACUAUCAUCAUCAACUCGUGAAUACGUUGCGAUACGAUACAUUGUGAUACGACACGAUAUGUUGCGAUACGAUAUGUUGCGAUACAAUACUUUAUGAUACGAUACGUUAUGAUAAAAUAUGUUACAAUACAAUAUGUUACGAUAAAUUAUGAUACAUUAUGAUACAUUAUGAUACAUUAUGACACGAUACGAUACGUUGUGAUACAAUAUGUUACGAUGCGAUGGGAUAUGUUUUGAGCGCUAUAUGCUAUGUUAACGCAUGCUACGAUAUGAUACGUUACAAUAUGUUACCGUACGUCACAAUACAUUAUGAUACAAUAUGAUAUGGUCAUGAUACAACCCAAACAGACAGGCACAACAUAAUGUGUCAUACCAUACUUUUAAUAUGAUGCCGAGUGAUACGAUAAGAAACCAUAUGAUGCAAAGCAGUGCAACAUCAUACAAUCUAAUACACAAUAUGACACAGUCAGCCAAGAAUAUACACUCCCACAGUGGGCUUCAUCCUGAUACUAUGCUGUACUAUACUACAAAUAUACCUCACCUUACCAUCAAACUGUACCAUAGCAUUAAGACACCAGAUGAUAUAUGAUAUGAACCAAUGUGCUAUUUGGAAGAAUACCAUAAAAUAUGAUACCAUAUCAUGCCAUCGGACUUGAUACAGCACAAUAUGAUUCACUUUGUCCCCUGAAGGAGUGAAACUGGUCUUGGACUCAGGUGCUGCUCAUAUUUAUCCACCUUUACAGUAAUCUGAAACAAUACAAGCUCAACGUUUUAAAUACUCUCUGAAAAUAUCUCUUCGUUCCUGUUUCCUUUGGUGAUAGAGUGAAAAGUUUUCUGAUCAUUGUCCAUGUUUUUAACGCUUCUUUUCUCGCUCCUCAUGCAGCCUUGUGGCUCUAGAGCUUGACAGUGAGGAGGACAGCCUUGAGCCAAAGUCUCUGCUUUCGCUGGCAUCGUCGUCAGAUGUUGGAAAAAGUGAAGACAAAAAAGAAACCUACCGUCCCUCCCCUGACCUCACUUGCACUCGUACUCAGUCAGCCUCCUCAGCAUGUGAAACCCCCUCAAAAGUAAGAGUGCAGGAUCUGGUUCUCACACUCUUGCCAGAUACUUUCACUUCUCCUUAUAGCAUGAGAAAUGUUGUUGGAGCCUUGUACUGUUCUGAAGCACUUCUUUUUUUUUUCUCAGGAUCUUGGUGACUUGGGGAUUCGACUGCGGUCGUAUUCCUACUCUUCCCCAAAAAUUAGUUUGCGUCCUGCUCGUUUAGCCCGGGAAAACCACACUGCAGAUGUAAGCCCUGGUCAGUAUCACUGGAAAAAACUUUUUUACUCUUUUAUAUAGUUUUGUCUCACAGAAAAACUAACACUAUUUGUUUCGUGUGUCACUAACAGGGAAGUUACUUUUCACUUUCUGUUUAUGGUAAUCGUCAAUGUUAGAAAUAAAAAGCUGCUUUUCUGUCUGUUUUUUUUAAAUCAACGCUAAAAGGCAGUUUGAAAUCAGCAUUAAUACUAGUAUGAGAGUGAAAACCGCUUACCUCGCCCUCCUUAAAGUCCAUGUGUGAGCCGCCCUCUGUCCACUCCACCCUGUAGAUGCUGUCCUCCACAGUGUCAGCCACAGCCGAUCUCUCCUUCAGGCGCUCUCUCUGUCUAAAUCUCUGUCAUUGCUCCACCCUGGUAGUAAGUACUGGACACCUGCAGCCGGCACGCAGCGCUCAGACCCAGCAUGGCCCCCCGCACACUGCUCUCAAUGUCAGCGCUUAUCUGUGUUUGCACGGGGGAUGGGAUCCGGCGGAGGAAUCAUGUUUGCAUGCAUGUGUUUGUGCGGCUUUCUAAUCAGGACGCAGCUUUGUUGUAAACCUGAGAAAAAGAAGAAAUCCAUUUAAAUGAAGCACACUUGGAGUUUGAGUUAAUAUUCGUCUGUGCUGAAGCUUUUGAAUGUAUUGUUUGUCUCCUUUAAGCACAAAAAUUAUUGAAUCUGCAUAACUAUUGUCGUUGCACUCAGAUCAUGUUGAAUUUGCUCCUGGCUGCUUGAAAAGCUUUUCCAUAAAUUAUCAAACAAAGAGAAACAUUAAUUGUCCACUUAAACCAUUACUUUUACUGAGCUUGCCAGUUUUUCAUGAAUGCUGUCCGUGCUUCUGGCUGAUUUUUUCCAAAUGUGGAUCAUCUUUCAUGUUUUUCCUGCCAGUUUUAAACACAUCGACAGGGUCUUUAGUAUUUUCUUUUGACAUCUACUCUUCUUUAUUUUUGUUCACAGAGCAAAAGACAACCAUGGUAUCAGAGCAGUCGCAUGAUAAAAGGUAUUUAUGCUUUAUUUAUUCAGUUUAUUGUGUGUUUUUUCUUGUCUUUUAAUGCAUAGUUUUCCUUUCUUUAACUCACUUUUGGGCUUUUUAUGGUUAAUUUAAAUGACUAAAACCUUUUUAUGACUAAGUUUACAAUCUUUCCAGCGUUUGGAGCAACAUUUAUUAGUAACAGAGUUUGCUUGGCCACAGUGGGAACUAUCAAGUGUGCUGCUUUUCUUUAGUUUAGUCCCUUUAGUUUAGGAGCAGAUCUAGUUUUAUGAUGUUUUUGAUCCUUUUUUUCCAGCAAAUAAAAAGGCAGUGAUUUGCAGUUUUUCUUUUUAUGAUGCACACAUGCAAAUUUGCAGAUUUGGGAGCAGGAUAAGAGAAAAACAGUUUGCUUUAAAUGCAAGUUUGCUUCAACUUUUUCUUUAAAAUCAACAUUUUUACCUUAUUCUCCUGCUCAGUCUCAUCAGCUGACACAGAAGCCAAUCAAUUUCUUCCUUUAAUUCAUGCAGAACUGCUUUAAUCUACAAGCCAUAACCCAGUAGCUCCCCCUAGUGGAGGCAGCGUGCAUAGUAAGAGAUAAACGCUUUGGUUGAAGCAACAACCCAGUGAGAGGCUUUAGUAUUUAAUCAAAAACUGUCUCUUUGCCCUCCGUUUUGUGUGUCCAUGUGUGCGUGCGUCGAUCUCCACAGGGACAUUAGGUUUCGUAAGCGAGCCCAGUCAGCCGAUGAAGAUGAAGGCGGCAUGGAGCUGGAGGAGUCGCUCCAGCAUCUCACCCUGUCAGAGUUUCUCAAAGAGUAUGUGGAGGGUCAGAGCCGUCCAAAACCGUCCCCCUUGAAUGAACUAACCCUAACCCGCUCUGUUUGCACAUGUGUAAAAAUGAUAAAGGUCUUGUCUACUGGAGCCACUUUGUUUUGUAUCAUCACCUUGUUUCCUCUCUCUUUUGUUGCUUUUCCUCCUUUUUAGUUCUCUGGUCCUUUUGUCUCCUUUCCUAACCUCCUUUCUUAUCUCUUUUCUUCCUCAUGUCCCCUCUCUUUUCAUUUCAUCUCCUCUCUCCUGAAUCCUUCUUCAUCCUCUUCUCCUUCUCCUCUCUCCCUUGACUUCAUUUCCUUACACUUUCCUGCUUUUCUUUUGUUUUUUCUCCCUCUUAUCAUCUCUUCUCCUUCCACCUUCCUCUCUUUCCUCUUCCUCGCCUCCUUUCUUCGAGUUGCAGAACAAUAGUUAUGCUUGUUUUAACAUAACGCACAAGUCUGUGGUUGUCGUGCAUGUUUCCACCUUUUAAACAGUUUACUAAUAUCAUUUUUUCACAGCGCAGAGCGGCAGAAACUGUGUGCACUUUUUUGUCUAACAAUGCUUCCCCUAACAGUUGUUCUCAGAUGAUGAAACUUGUGCUCUAGAGAAAUGACGUGGACUCUUUUCCUGCACCUGUGUGUCAUAUCUGUUUCCUCGUAGACGCUUGAUAAAGUCAGGAUGACGCGACGUGAAAAACUAACACACCUCUGCAGCCCGACAGCUUUACAGUCUGAGUCAUAAAAGCACAAAUAAAAACGAGACAAACGCCUGUAACGUGACUUAAAUUAUCCUGCAGGAUCGAGGAGGAGGAGCUGGAUAAGUACACAAUCCCGACGAAGGUGGAGUCUGAGAAGUACAAAGUGAUUCGCACGUUCAGUUUCCUCAAGAGCAGGAUGUCCAGCACUCGCAACAAAACCAAGGUGAGCGCAGAGGGUCCACACCUCUGAAAACACAAAGUGAAAUCACCCCCUAAAGUUCCUGAAUAAAGUUUUUAAGGAAUGUUUUCUAAAGGUUAGUGGACUCAGGAGUCUGAGUUCCUGUCCUCUGGGAGACCCGACCAGGAAACAUUUCUGGGGAAAGCUCAAGGCCAGAGCGACAGACCAAACAUGGUGUCCAGCCUCUUUCCUUUUAAUGAUUAAUCCCCCCCUAGUUGAGUCAGCACUGGCCCUGGAAGCUCUCCUGCAUCUGUUGUUUAUGCUACGCUCCAUUUCCUCGUCUGUGGACUUUCUUACAGUUUGGACGAAGGCGGGGAUCCCUCCCUGCGCUCAUAUAUCUGCUUACAGAUUGAUGCGUUUUACACUGCAAAUAGACGACCCCGACCCUGGUUCAUGGGAAUAUGAAUUAAGGCCUUCUGUGCCCACACCUCUCAGCUGUUUUUGUCUCCGUCUGCAUGUCCUCGUUGUUUACACCCAUGUCUCUGGUGUGGUUUUCUAAGGGGAAGGGGAAGGACAGAGAGGCCAAGGAUAAACAACCAAACGGACACCGCUUUAACACAGGAGCCUGUUUGGGCCCCACCGUGUGUGUGGUGUGCGACAAACCAGCUUCUGGAAAAGACCUGCUCCACUGCUCCAGUAAGUCUGAUGUGUAAUUCAAUGUUUGUUUGUUUAUUUCCCCUUAAACCCAAACCUCUGAACAUUAAAAUCUACUUCUUUCCCAGGUUGCACUGCGAUCGUCCAUAAAGGCUGUAAGGACUCUCUCCCCCCGUGUUUGAAGGUGUGUUUUGAGUUUGAAGAGCUCAUCUCCGCUCUGAGCCUGUCCUUUUGUCUAUUGUUUAUACGCUGAAACCAUCCUCUCUCAUUUGUAUUACUUAGAAACUUCAGGAUAAGUAUGCGGUUGCCAUGGUGAAGAACAGGACAGCAUCUCUCCCACAGAGUGAGUUUCAGUCCUGUUGUCCAGCUCUUGUAACUGAUUUAUUUGUAACCUGGAUUCGGGUUAAUGAGGGUCUGAACGCUGAAAGAGAUGCAAGGAAGUCCCUCCUAACCAUUUCAAAGAUUUUAUGCUUCCCUGUGCUUUCUUCUUCUACAGAUUUCACAGUGAGAGACAGUCCUCCUCAGCCUGUGGUCCCCGCCUCCCCCUCUCUACCUGUCAUGACCCCAAAGGAGAGAAAAGACGCUGCAACCCAGCCAAGUCCUCUUUCAGGGAGUUUCCCAAACAGCGACAGGUCAGGAAGUCCUUUAACUUUUUAACGUGCGCAUAAAAACACAGGAGCGUUUGGGUUAAAUUGGGUCUGUUCUUGCUUUUCUCUGUGCACAGUCGGCUGAGCGAGAGCCCAGAGAUGGAGCCUGAAAUCUCAAAGGCGAUAAGUCGAUCAGAGGAGCUCCUGCCCACCCCGGCGUCCUCCACGUCUACUGACUCAUCCAUAGGAGAAGGUAUCAAACGAAUAAAACUUGAUCUUAUCAGCUUUGAAAGUUUAACAGUAAAAGAAAGUCUAGAGAGAGAGAGAUUAUGUUCUGUUUUUAAAUUGAAUUUAUAACCUGGAGAAAAGGUCACUGAGUUUACAAGGUUCCCUUUAAGGUUUAGAAAGUCAUUCAGUGAGGAAUAAAAAGGGACAAAUGCCAGAGAGCUGCUGACUAUGCAUCACAGUCCGUCUAUAAAACAGGAAAUGGAAAAGGUAGGAGAGGAGAAAGUGAGAUUACUAUUUUUAAAAGACUUGAGGAGUGAAUAAAAACAGACUCAGUGACCUGUAGAAGAAACAAAAGGAAGAAUUUCACAGAAAAACUUUGAUAUAAGCGAUCUUUGAAGUCCCACUAAGGUCAAUUUUUUUUACUUCUUAAAGUGUUCUCACUGGUCUGUAAAUUGCAAUUAUUAAGUUUUUCGUUUAGUUUUUUUCACGUUACUGUGUCAUUUUCAAGGUCUUUUUUUCUGCAGAGCUCCAGAGGCUCAUUAGCAAUUUGCCUCUGAGUCGUGGGCGGCGAGAGCGCUAACGCACACGCUUGUUCCGCGAUUGUCCUUUCUACUUUUCUGAGUCUGGCCUGCAUAGCGGGUCUCGGGGGGCGGAGCUUGGAUUUGCUACGUAGAAAAUCUCACUGAAUCUGAGCCUUCCGUAAGGGUCAGCCAGAGAUUCCCAGCAAUUUGAAUGCAGAAAUACUCAGCGAUGAGAUUUUGCACUUAUUUUUCUCAUGAUGUGUCCUGUAGCAUCAGAAAAAUGACAUAUAAACAUGUAGGCAACAAGAAAAACAUGAUUUUCAUCAGAGUGCGUCUUUAACAUAAGAUUUGGCACAGUUAUGUCUCUUCCUGGAAAAGGUGGGAGCUAUUAAAACAGCGCUUUGCUACCCACCUCCACCCUUUUUUCAUGCAGUGACUGAUAAGGGUCUUUGCUGCUGCUCCCCCUGCCUCAGCUUUUCAUGGGAAAGUGUGCUCUCCCAACCUCAGGGGAUCCACCUACACACAUGGAAGGGCAGGGAGCUGUCAUAACAGCACCAAACUGUCAAAUAUAACUUAUUGUUUGCAAAUAAAUCACUUUCUCUAACCGAGGUGGUCCUGAGUCAGAGCUGAGACUAAUUCCUCUCCAUGCAAUCACUUCCAGAGUUAAGAAAGAUUUACAUGGGUGAAAAUUACUCAUCACUCGUCUCGGGGACUUUGUUCUUUUAUCAUCUACAGACUGUGUGGACGCGUAUAUCCAUAGCGACAUGUCAGCUGAUGCUGUGGAUUACGAGGCAGAGUCGUGGAGCCUGACGGUGGAGCACAAAUUCUGCAAGAAGCAUGACAAACGGGCCGUCAAGAGGCAGGAUGUAAUCUACGGUGAGCAGAUGUCAGAGUUGUGAAAGAAAAGCAGUGGAAUGUGUCGUUUUCUGCCAGCGACUGUAUUUCAUGUUUUAAAUGACUAUCAUUGUCGUAAAUUUCUGUGACUGAGAAACACGUGGAGCUCUUAAUAUCAAAUAUUAAAAUCCUGACACAGAGCUGAUGCAGACCGAGCUCCACCACCUGCAGACUCUCCACAUCAUGGCCGAAGUUUUCAGGCGAGGUAUGAAGGAGGAGGUGCAGCUGGAUACAGAGGCGGUGGAGCGGGUCUUCCCCUGUCUGGACCAGCUGCUUGUUUUUCAUCACGCCCUCUUUGCCGCCAUGAAGGAGCGGCGACACAGCUCAGCCCAGCCUCAGGGACACAGGAACUACCUCAUUCAGAGAAUAGGAGAUGUCCUGCUUCAACAGGUCGGCUGGUUCCGUCAUAAAUGUAACACAGGGGGGAGCCGUGAGGAUGCACACCCCUGACUGUGUGUCUGUUUGUGCAGUUUUCAGAUGAGAACAGUGAGAAAGUGAAGCAGGUGUACGGAGAUUUCUGCAGCCGUCAUAACGAAGCGGUCAGCUUUUUCAAGGAGCUUCAGCAACACAACAAGAGGUUUCAGAUCUUCAUAAAGGUACCUCUAAAGGGAUUCUGCUAGUCUUAAACUUUUGUGGUUAUUUUGGGCUCUCAGGGUACAAAACAUUUAAAGAUAGUCUUUUGAGUGCAGCCAGGAGCUAUAAAACAGUCUGUAACGGCAAAAUCUUGAUUUGUGAAACUGAAAGGCUUAAAUUGUCAUCAUGUCUGUCUGUCACUGUACUGCUUCACAAACAGGCCUUUGUGGGAGUUUAUAAACCUUUUUCAACCAGAAACAGGUGCAUAUCUCACUUCAGUGUCAUCAAACUCUAACAAAACAAAGAUUUUACUUCAGAUAUGGGAGUUGCUGGUCUACCUUUUCCCUUACCGGCUAGUUCUUAGUGUCACUACUUGUGCUUAAUCCUGCCUAACGUUGAUAUAAAAGUUUUGCUUUAAUAGGGAAGUUGCUAAUCUGCCUUCUCUUCAGCUUUCUCAGGUUACUCUGUGUCUCAGUGAAAUAAGGCCCAUUCAGUGUUCAAACUCCUUGUCCCAACAGAUACCUAUAAAACGCUUGUUUGACCCAGUUUUGAAUCACCUCUGUCCCAGAACAACAUGCACCAAGCUUGCAACACUGAUUUGUCUGUACAUAAAUCAUCAGUCAAUACUGUUGCCGAGGCGAUUGCUGUUUUAACCAAUAGAAAAACAUCUCUAAUCCGAGUCAAAGCUUGAUACGAUUCCUCCACUUGCAACCACAUGUGAUCAUACACAAUCGAUUUUUUGGGUUUGGACUCCAAUCACAAAAACUGAGACUUGACUUAAAAACCCUCCUGUUGUCCUCUGGUCAAGGAAGGUCAGAGGGGAAGAUGGGAGGGAAGGAGGGAGAAGGGAAAAGGAUGGAGGGAAUGAAGAGGAAGGUAUGAAAGAAGUGAAGGAAGGGAGGAAAGAAAAAAAUGAAAUGAGGGAGGAAGGGAGGAAAUAAAGAAGGAAAUGAGGGAGGAAAGAGAGGAAGGAAGGGAGGAAAUAAAGAGGAUGGAGGAAGGGAGGAACCGUCAAAACAGAUUGGGUUGAUUUAACACCGGGAGGACAACAGGAGGGUUAAAUUGCGGGAGUUGCCAAACUUCUUUCACCUUAGUUAGUUAGUCCAUUUGUAACUCGAACCUUAAACCCAGAGAUUUAACUACAAAUAUGAGAGUUGCUGGUCUACUUGAACCGUAACUGGUUUGUUAAAUUGUGUUAUUGUUGUUAGAAGAUGAUGCUUUCAAACUCCAACUACAAAAACUGUUGUUUAAUUCCACCACAGAAGUUGUUAGUCUACCUAAUUAUGAAUCUACUGUUUAAUUUGUAGUUGUAUUUGUGUUCAGAAUGUGUAACAUAGAGAUUUAACUUUAAAUACAAGAUUGGUGGUUUACCUUUGCUGCAACCUGUUUGUUCAUUGAGUUAAAAAUCUCAGUGUCUUUUAAAGAAACAGUCAAACCAGCUUAUGAAGGCAGGGAUGGAUCAGCAACUCCUGUUGUUUGAGGGUAAAAUCAAGUUUUUCCGUUGUUAAAGUCUCUUAUAUAGGGCCUAAUUUUUACAAAAGGUCUGUUUCAGUAGUUUUUUUAUAAUCCUCUCAAACACUUUUUAUUCUCUUUCAAGCAACAAGGUAAUAACUCUUUGGUCAAACGGAGAGAGAUCCCAGAAUGCAUCCUGCUGGUAACCCAAAGGAUCACCAAGUACCCAGUGCUGCUGGAGAGGAUCCUUCAGUACACUCAAGGUUGGUCAUCUACCGCCCUCUGCUGGUCACAUGAUCAAACUCAAUAUUUCAGCUGUUAAAGGGUAAAUCAAUCCUCUUCUAUGAUUGUUUCAGAGGACACAGAGGAGCACGCCGAUAUUUCCAAAGCGCUCGCUCAGAUUCGGGAGGUGAUAGCAGCCGUGGACCUGAGCGUCAGCGAGUAUGAGCGACAUCAGAGGUUACAAGAAGUGUGGAACCGCAUGGAGAACCGCAGCGCCGCCAAGCUGAAGAACGGGCACACGUACCGCAAACAGGACAUGAUGAGGCCGGGACAGACGCUGAAACACCAGGGCCUGCUGCUGUGGAAGACGGCCACAGGUCGACUCAAAGGUAACACUCACACAUGCUUAUAUUUUCAUUUUUACGGUAUGAACACGCAAUCAAGAUGUGUUUACUUCUUUUCUUUAGACGUUCUGGCGCUGCUUCUCACAGAUGCUCUCAUCUUCCUGCAAGAAAAAGACCAGAAGUUUACAUUUGCUGCUGUGGUACACUCACGUUUCUAACAACUUUGUUAUGAUGUUACACUACAUUACCUGUUCCAUUUAAUCUAAGGCUGUUAUUAUUCCUCUUCAUAUUAUGUUUUUUCCCUCUCUUCUUUAAUGUGUUUCAGGAUCAGAAGCCUCCGGUCAUCGCUCUGCAGAAGUUAAUCGUGCGAGAAGUCGCAAAUGAAGAGAGGGGGAUGUUUUUGAUCAGCGCGUCAGCUGCGGGGCCCGAAAUGUACGAGGUGCACACGUCGUCCAAAGAGGAGAGAAACACCUGGAUGAGGCUCAUUAGAGAGGCAGUGGAGAGGUGUGUUUACGCCCCUGUUUAAUGCAUGUUUGUGCAACACCUGGAGAGAACCGAAUGUUUAAAUCCGAACCAGCUAACUUCAGAUUUCCCCGCUCAGCUGUCCAGAGGAGGAAGAGGAAUACACAAGCGAGUCUGAGGAGGAGAAGCGAGCAGCUGAAGCCCGGGUUCAGAAAAUCCAGAAGCUCCAAGGUAUCCCAAACCCUCAGCAAUAAUUCAUUGUUAUUCUGUGAAUGUUUUAUACUCUCAUGAGUUUAUUUCACACACAAUCUGGGACCCCUGUGACCUCCCGUUUUCAGAGAAUCUGCUGAGCCAGGACCAGCGGAUCUGCUCCAGCCUGGAGGAGAAGCUGCAGAUCUACGCUGAACUCUCUGCCCUGAACGGACGGACGGACGCCUCGCUGGUCGAACCGCGUCUGCUCGUCCAGCCGCACUUGGAGGAUCCGCCUCAGGCCACCGUGUUACUGGCUGCAGCUCUGCAAGAGGGUGAGGAGGUUUCGAACAUAGACUGUCAGGGUUCCUACACUCUUAGAAUUUCCAUACUUUUCCAUACCCUACUUUUGAGAAUAAUUUUUGGAAAUACCUACUUUUCCAUUUUAGAAAACAGUAUUUUAGAACUGUGGUGAUAGUCAUGAAACAUAAAUAUUUUUUCAUACUUUAUUUUUCAUUUUCCAUCCUUUUUAAGACCUGGAAAUUGAUCAAAUUUAUUUUCACAUUUUUCACACUUUCCAUACUUAAGUAGGAACCCAGUACUGUGCACUGCAAGAACAUAAGGACACAUCUGGGUUGUUUUUGACUUUACUGAAAAAGUAUGUGAUGACUGAAUCAUUAAAAACAAAUCACUCAUUGUUUGUUAAUGCUGUUAAAAUUGCCUCUCUUGAUUGAAACGUACUUCAUGAAUUAAGACCUCGACCUGCUUUCAUUAUAGAUGCUAAUCAAGGGUGUUAAAGUUAAGUGCAGUAAUCCAUUAACAGGUAAUUUGAAGCAGUUUUUAAUUCGCUCUGGAAAUUCAGUCGCUGCCUUUUAGCUGCUUUACUCUAUGAAAUAUUUCAGGCAGGUAUAUUUAAUCAACGGAAAUCCAGUUAUCGAAAUGAUUUCAUUAUUCACUCUGCGGACUUUAGUGAAAAUGAAUAAAUGAGAGAGAUAAGCCACUGCUUGUUACCGUACUUUCCUCAAGCAUUCAUUGAAUUAUUCUCCAAUUUAAUAACAAACUGAUCGAGCUGACGGCUGAACUAACACUUGUGCUGGUUUUGUUUCACAGCUGAGAACCUGAAAGCCGCUCUGACGUCCUCAGCCUGCUCUCCCUCAAGGCCGGACUCAGGCACAGACUUCCUGUCUGAUACACCUGCGCAGCCCUGCUCUGACUCUGGCUCCUCACCUGAAGACCCUGAAACCAGUGAGGGAAGUUUAGCCUCUGAGCCGUCGGACCUUCAGUCUGUUGCUCACCUGCAGAAAACAGACGCCAAUAACAUCCAAUCUAAGGUACCGCCAUUUAGCUUCUGGGCAAUCUGGGUUUAUCAUCGAUAUAAAUACAGAUUGCAGCUUUAAUAGGUGUUAAAUAUUGAUGCCGCCAUAAGCUUUGAUGUUGUCCCAUUACUGUGCGGUAUUAGUUCUGCAGAGGUCGUUAUCGGCUCUUACAGGCGGCAUCUGACCGUCGCCGCUUUUCCAUUCCUCCGCAGAUGUGUGGCUCAAGAUUGCCAACAGCUGUUUCAAUAAUUCAGCACCAUCUAUUAGAAUUACGUCCCAGCCUUAAUGCGAUGAAUCAUUGAUAAGCUCAUAAUAAAGGAAGAAGUCCAUUUAGGUCCCAAAGGUAUUGCAACAUUAAAAAUGGAUACGGAGACUUGUUCCAAUCACUGAGCCACGAUUGUGCCACCGUCUGCAGCUUUUUCUGACCUGGGAGGUAAAUGACUGAGAUGAGAGGGGAACGCAUUAUUAUUGGCUCCAGUGUGGCCUCAAGGGGGCGCACUUGCUGCAUGAAACCACCUUCAAGUCUUGACUCUUCUUAAGUUUUUCAUUAGUGGAAAUUUUUUUUUAACUGUCUCAGACUAAUGCAGAAUAACUGUGAGCCUCCUAACUUGCGUGCUUUGUGUGAUUUUGUCCAAUCACAGGUCGCUCAGAGCGUCCAGAGUCUGACGCAGCUGCUCUACAGUCUGCAGGUGAGUGAAUCACACAGUCUGCUGCAACUUUUAAUCACAGCUCCCUCUUCUACUUUAAUGUCUGAUCAGCAGAAUAGGAAAAAGUAUCUGCAUUAUUUCUCAAGUAAAAGUAGAGAUACUUGCAGAAAACUUCUCUGGCGGAAGAAUUACUGAUCUAACAUAUUUAUAUAAAGAAGUACAUUUAUGAGCCAGUGCUUUUUCUAAUUCAUCUUUGAGAGAUCAGAAUCAUGUUUAUAAAGUAGAUUUUCAUAUACAGUGUCAUAGGAGGAAUAAACAGCAGUAUCAGGGAACAUAACUGUCAGGUAGAAAUCUUGUAUCUCCAUAUUUCACCAUUUUAUUUAUUCUGCUUUAUUUAAUGCUGGUAAAUGAAGUUUGAGGUUGAGUCUCAUGCUGUUUGUAGUUUCAUGAAAAGCAUACAGGUUUUUACUUUCCAGGAAAGAAGUGGAUUUGGAGAUACGAGGUUUCUCGAGAAUGAAAUAAAACAAACAAUGAACCAUAAAAAAAUAUUCACUAUGAUGCAAAAUAAGUGGGUGUAGUGGAAGAGUAGAGUAGGAUUAUCGUUCACAGCAAACGUCUCAUGAAAUUAAAGGCACAGUGAGGAGUUUUUUACUGAUUUAGAAAGAGUCUAAUCAAGUGUUUUGGUUGAGUCACCAAAGAGACUCUGAGUCGAGUCCAAGUCAAGUGAGUUCUCAUUAAUCUGAAAUAAAACCAGGUCUGCUGUUUCACUCCAAAGUAUUGACAGUGUGAACCUGGACUGACUGUGUGUGUGUGUGUGUGUGUGUGUGUGUGUGUGUGUGUGUGUGUGUGUGUGUGUGUGUUUGCGACCUUUUGGAUGUGCAGAGAACACGUUUCAUUCAUCAAUAUUAGAUUCUGAUCCUGCCAGCAUGUCUGGAAAAUGUUUAUUAUUAAUGAAGUUACAGUGCGGUGUGCUGUGUGUAAGUAAAAGUGCUCUCAGUAUAGAGGUGCACUGAUACAUUCUGGUGCAGUGAUAUCACUGCAGGUGGUUCAAAGACUCAAGAAUCCCUGUUAUGAAAUACCAAACCUCUGUUGAUGUAAUUUUUAACCUUUUAACUGCAUGUUCAUUUAUACUGAAUUUAUGUAGAGGCAUAUGUCAGAGUCAGGAAUAGUGUCACACAAGUGAUGGGAAGAACAGUUCUUUUGACUGUACUGAAUCUUUAGAAUCCGUUCAUAAAAAGAUUUGUUCAAAAGAUUCGUUCACUGAUCUGGGCAGUGCCCCAGUGCCUCGUCCUGCCAGGUGCAGCACACGAGUGAGUGACACAGCGGUGUUGAUCGGGAGUUUGGUCAUUGAACGGGCUCGUACCCUCCCCUGCUGCUGAAGUCACAGCGUCCUGAUUGGAACAUCACAACACUACUCCACACCUAAAUGGGCUCUGUUGUUGUUGUUAGCAUACCAGGCAAUAACAACACUUUACAUGAUAGUUUGUGCAAAAACCUGACACGAAAACAUGCCCACAAAUAGAACUUGCAUAAACCUAUUGGUGUAAUUGAUUAAACUACACUAAAACUGGACUAAAUUACUAAUAAUCACCAUUUAAUGUUCAACAGUUUUAGAGGCAGCAACCAUCUUGGAUUUCUAGCUUGAGGAUCCUGAAGUUGCUUUAAGUUUUAGAUUAGAAAUUCUGACUUAUAGAGAUGUUCAUGGUGAUGUCUCCAACAGAUAUGUUUCAUUAUCUGACUUUCUUGAUCAAGUGCACCAUAUAGUUGGUGAAGGUGCUCAUGGGAAACGCAGUCCUCAUCCUGGGUUUGAUCCUACGCUUUCAUUAAGAUCUACACAAACACCAACAGGCUGCAAUACAGAAAUAAUAAAGUCAAGAUCAAGUAAACAGAAACAAAGACGUACUAAAAACAUGCGAUUUUUCUCAGAUGUGCAGAUAAAUUUGAAAAGUUUUUCACUGUUCAGCUUCAUUUGUGAGUUUGUCUUUUUUGCUUUAAUCCAUUAAAUGAACUGAUGGAUGCACCGUAUAAUGAACAUUCCUUUCUGUGAUUGCUGCACCGCUCAGGUGAAGUCUUCUGAUGUGUUUUAGAUGUGGAGAUUAGUUGUUGGAGUUUUCAGAAAAAAAGAUACUUGAGUCUAUCACAGAUACCUGAAAAUUUUCAACCCGCUCUGUUUUCACUGCGAUCAUGAAGGAUGAAGGAUGAAUGAUGAAGGCUGUAAUAACGUGCUGCACAGCUGCACACUCCAGCUCCGGUAAACAACUCUGUUCACAGCUGUUUGAAGUCAAAGGUAGCAACAGUCCUACUGAUCUGAUUCACCGCUUUUGUUUCACCACCAUUCACUCAGGCACACACACACACACACACACACACACACACACACACACACACACACACACACACACACACACACACACACACACACACACACACACGUGCUGCUCUUCUGCUCUUUGGUAUAAAAUGUAAAGUAGUGUUUUUGCAUAUAGGAACGUGUGCACACAUUCUUGUUUGCUGUGUGUGUGUAUUUGAUCAGAGUGUCAUUUUCAUAUUCAAAGUUCUGCUUCUCGUCUUUCCUGCAACUGGAGCAGAAACCGCAGUUUCACCAGUAAUGAUGGGAUCAUUUCACCUUGUGAGGGCUGCUCUAGUCUUGACCCAUAAAAAGAAUUGGGUCACCUUGCAGAGUCGGAUCAAACUUUCCGUCUCAUUUUGCCUUUCAAAUCACCUCCCCGACUUUCAGUCGCACAGGUGGGUUUAAUGGUUGGAGCACUUUGCAUUUAAUGAACCCAUCUCUGUGCCUCUCUUUGUCUGUGCCAGGCCGCAGUUACCCUUCAGGACAGCUGCUACGAGGUCCAGAGGCUCCUCCUCCAAGAGUCCGGCCGCCCCUCCCCCCGCGCCCAUCGACCGCACCUCCCCAGCAUCCGCAUCAACUCCCUGCAGGAGCAGGAGAAGCAGCGUAACCUGGAGAAGCGCAAGGAGGAGGUGGCGUCGGCCCGGCGACUUCAGGAGCAGCUGCGCCAGGAGAAGGAGCGCUGGGAGAAGGAGUGCCACGCCAGGGAGAGCCAGCAGGGGGAGCAGGAGAGCCGACUGGAGGAGCGGGAGAGGCAGUGCCACCUAGAGGCCGAGAGGCUGAGGCGGGAGAGGGAGGAGUUGGAGGAGCAGCAGGAGGAGUACCAGCAGAGUCUGGAGCGGCUCAGGGAGGGGCAGAGGAGCGUGGAGAGGGAGCGGGAAAGGCUGGAGAACGAGGAGAGGCUGCUGCAGACCUGGAGGCACGGCCGGCAGAGGAGUCUGCCCGCUGUGAUCCCCCACAUGGUCAUCCCUCUAGACGGGACUCAGGUAAAGUUGAAUCUGUGUGCUGAUCAUCAAAACAGCUUCUGGGCCCAAAGUUUCAACCAUAGUAUUGAAUAAGAUAUAAAAAAUGGAAACAAAAGAGGAUAACAAAGUCUCAACUUCUCUGGUCCGGUUUUUGUUCUGGAUCAAACCCUCAGAAACUUUUAGACAGGAUGAGUAAAACUUGAACCUAAAGUGAGAGGAGAGUGGUGUUGAUCCCUGUGGAAAAGUGUUAUGGUUGGUUUUAGGGUGAGGAUGUACUACAAAACAGAAACUUGACAUAUCAUAUGACAACAGCCCUUAACAGUCUGGGUUCUGUAUCAAUGUUUGACUUUUUCACACCAGUUUUGAUCGACUUACGCAGAAUUGAAGCAGCCAAAAAAGCUGUGAAGGAUUGGUUGAUUGAAAACCAAAUAACGUAAAAAAUUAUCCACAUAACAUAACAUUCAGUUCAAACACUCAGUGCGUUUACAUGCACAGCUUUAUCGGACUAAGCUCAUAAUUCUUUUUUUUUCGCUGAAUCGUUCUUUUUCCUUGUCCGCGUAUACAUGCAGCUGAGAAAAUCGAAUUAUUGACAGGAGCGUGUCCUCCUUCCCAAAACUAGGGGGCAAUAUGGGUCUUUUCAGCGGCGCUGUUUCCAGCUCUAUACAACUGACAACAGCAGGUCCGAGCCAGACAUAACAGAAAUGUUUACAACUGCUUCUGGGCAUUUUCAAGCAGGAAGAUGGAGCAUCGUACAACGCUGUUUUUGUCGUACAUAAUGUACGCGCUACUUUUUCUGCAGAUUAGAUGCACGCUACUCCUCUUCUCUGGCGUUUUUGUUUCGGGGUUACAGGGGCGUGGCGCACGCGCACAUGCAUUGCCCGAUCACGCUGGUGACAUGGUAGAGGCAGUUUAAUUUCAAUCGCAUUAUCUGGAUGUCUUUAUCAGAGUUCUAAGGUGUUAACAUGCACUUCAGUUGUCCGGUUUAAAUCGGAGGAAGGCAAUAAUUCGGUUUUCUGGAGUGUCAUGUAAACGUACUGAGUGUUCCCCACAUAUAGAUGAUACCUACACCUGAGUCAUUUUUCUUUUUUCACGAGUCAGAGAUUAAUCAGAUGAUCUCUCUGGUCUCACUCUGACCCUGAUGUGACCUCCAGCACCAGACAGGUCAAGAUCAGAGACAGGUCCUUCAAUACAUCUGUCAUGUUAAUGCGCUGAUUGAAGAGUGUUGACUCAGGUUGACCUUUUUUUAUGCAGCAGCUCUUCAAGUCAUAUGAAGCUGGUUGCUGCUGAUGUCGCCCUGCAGUAUGAUGCAGUUUUGAUGCUUUGAAUUUGCAUGUUUGCCUUUAUUAGAUUAGACAGCUGAAGAGAGAGAGGAAACAUGGGGAGUAGAGAGCGAAGGGUCAUGGCCGAACUCCAGGAACUAUAGCCUCUGUAUUUGGGGUGCCAUUGGUGCCUCAGUAUGGUAUAUCUGUUGAGCUAGGGUGACCACACGUCCUCUUUUACCCAGAUAUGUCCUCUUUUUUUAUGGGCUGUCCGGCUUUGUCUAGGGAAGUUUAUAAAAUCCUUUAAAUGUCUGCGGUUUUGUAUGGAAAUUUCGAGUUUGUGUCACGUGGACUUACUGAGUUAGAAGCACGUAAAGACACUUGAUCUGACCUGAAAAACUCUCAAAAUUAACUUAAUGCGACUCCUCUUUUGAGGAAGUCAGAAUAUGGUCACCCUUGUUGAGCCAAACAUGUGAAGUGGUUGGAUAGAAGAAACAAUAUAUGAAACAGAAAAAUGAAUGAAUCUCUCUUUGUAAAAUAAAAACAUUUAAAAGAAGGCUUUAGAAAAAAAAUCAUUUUCUGAUGUGAAAUAAAAGAAGUCACUGAUGGAGGUUUUUGUCCCUCUAAAUGAAGACCCUCACAGUGCUCCUUUGUCAGCUCGGUCUUCUGUGUUUCCUGACUUGGGCUCUUGACCCUGACAUCAGAUAUGCGGUGUUUAUGGAGUAUUUCCCAGCUCUAGACAUUAACGAGAAGCUUUUUCCCAGGCAGCUAUCAGCCUGAGUUACGUUGCUUCACUCAUUUACUCGGGGCAGCUCAAUCUCCCCUUGAUAUACGACCUGCGAUAAUGAGAGCAAUUUCAGCAUCAUUUGUCUUAGUGCUCCAGCAGCCCCGCUCCCCAAUAAACAUCUUAAUGAUUGAUGAUAAUUAAACCGUUGCAAAUAAAAGCUCCGACAAAAUAAUUAAAACCAGAGGCACGCGGCCCCAGAAACCAAUCAAUCGCGUCCGAGUGGACUUAAAUUAUCGACACUUUGUUUGAAAAGCACUACAGUGAAAUGUCUCCCCCCGCAGCUGGGAGGCAUGGAGGAUAAAGGGUGCACUGUUCUCGGCGCCCUUUAAGGCUCAUUGUACCUCUCACAUGCGGAGGAAGCUAAUGCAGCAGCACAUACGUCUCUGCCGGGUCCAGCAGGUGUGACUGUUCAGGAGACGCACACACUCAAACGGACGGACAAAUGAGCAGACUCGUGUUACGAUAUUCCCUCACUCCCUCAUUAAUUUACACACCACUGGUGGGCUCCUGCAGGCUGCUUGUGAUGAGGCUCUGUUUUUUAUUUAUUUAUUUAUUUCCAUUCAUCUAUUUCUGUGAGUGUGGAGGCCGCCUGAACGGCAGCAGUCUGACAAAAGCACGCAGAGGCAGCAGCGGAGGUCCUAAUGUUCCCCUGCUAAUGUUUUAGCCAGAGGCGGCAGUUCAGGGGGUCACAGACAGAUCGGAUGACGCACGCACACUCACAUUCGCAUUCACCACAGACACACAAACGCACACACGCUGGCUCUCGGGUUGUUUCUAAUUAGCUGUGGUGCCUGCACUCAGCAGAGAAAAGGCCACGCUGGUGUGAGGAUGGUACAUCAGGGUAUUAGGGGAGGACAGGAGGAGGGGCUGAGGCAUCAACACAUUUCACUGGAUAUUAAAAGGUCAAUUUACCCAAAGGGGCUAACAUUUUUUUACACUUAACCUUUAGUUAUAUGUAAAUGCAGUUUAGUUUUAUCUGUCCGGGGCUCAACAUAGUCUGGUCUGACUCACCUGUGGCUCAAACGUUAUAUUUUAUCAUACAUUACAAGGCUACCAUUAGACAUUUAGCAUCAAAAUAUCCUUUCCAGUAAACAUUACUGAAAGACUAAAAAUAACAAGCUUCUUUCAAGGGUUAUUUAAAGAAGUAUUUAUAUGUAGAUAAUCUCUUAUUGUUGCUAACAAUAAGAUCUGCCAGCUUACAUUACCUUAAAAUACAGGGAAUGGCUGAUGCUGGUUGUUGUUGUGAAGCUAGUUAUGACUUCAUCUCUUGAUAUAGUAUUGAUUUAAGUAGGGAUGCACCAAUACGAUAUUUGGAUCGGAUAUCGGCUCUGAUAUUGACAAAUUAACUGGAUCUGAUAUCUGAUGAAUGACGUCGAUCCAACGUUCCAAUCCACUCUUUUUUUUUAAAUCAAAUUUUCUUUUAAUACACAAAAGUUUUACUUCUUUUUGUUGUGUGCUAAUGUGCAAUUUGUUAUUCAUUUAAAAUAAUAUGAAGUAAAUUUAUAUCUGUGUUAAUUUGUUACCUUUUUUUAACAAGGCUAAUGUCAAGCCUGAUGCCUUCACUCACAGGGCAAGGUAUACAGUUCAUUCAUUCAACAGUAGUAUUGUACCGGUAUUGGAUAUUGGCCAAUACACUCAGCCCAGGUAUCAGUAUUGCGUUGGAUGGGAAAAAAAUGGAUUGGUGUGUCUCUAGAUUGAAGUCUCUACAACAGCAGCAUAAUCUCUCCAGAGUAGAUAAUGUUAAAAUAACCAAUGUUUUCUGCUGAAUUUGACCAGAAGUUUCCAUAUACACACCUUUAACUCUCUAUUUUACUUAAUCAUAUCAAUGGGAAGUGGUCAAAAUGAACCUCCAAUGACUGGUAAAGCAAAACUGAUUUGAAGGUCAAUUAGUCAAGCCGUUUCAUAGGUAUUAGAAGUAAAACCUCCUACUGUCUCCUACUCUCUCCUCAGGACUCCACCUCAAGUCAGUCCAGAGAUCACGCAGGAAACGGCUCCGUGUUCGUGAAUGAGGCCGCCUUCGCCAGCACCAGCGUCAACAACCGCCACAUCAACCACAAAAGAAAUGACCCCAGCGCACACAACUGUCUCAACACCCUGCUGGCAAGAACCAACAGCAGACAGCCUCCCAUUACUAAGACCUCCAACAACCAGCACCCGGACCCACAGGGGUGGGUGAUGGGGACAGGAUACCUGUACAGCUCUGCAGGACGGCUGGGGCUGCAGCACACGCCUACAGGUAAGAGAUACGUCAAAGUUCAUGAGUUUUCUGGUGUGAAGGAAAGUUUUCUGAAAAAUUAAGGAGAGCAGAAGUCAUUUUGAGUCUUUGUCUUUACUUGUUGAUUCCUGCUACAAUUACAAAUGAUUUGAAGGUUUUAUCAGUGUGCAGGUCUGCCUGGUGUUUCUAGAUCAGUUUGCAGAUUAAUCAAUUAAUCAAUCAGAAUUUAUUUGUAAUAUAUGCACAUUUUAUACAGUAGUGUAACGUAAAGUGCCAAACAUAAGCAAAAUUUAAUAAUGGUAAUAAAAUAAGGUCAUACAACAUGAGCGCAAUACAAUAUCAGGAUAAAACUUGUAAUUAAGUGGCAUCAUUAUAGUAUUGGUGUCAGUAAUAAUGAUAAUAAUAAUAAUGAUGAUAACACAAAGCAAGCAUGAGUCCACUCCUAGUUUGAUUAGAGUAUUAAAACCUUACAAAUAUCCCCUUGUGCUACAUUUACAAUAGAUAAAAAGGUGCGAUUAAUUUGCGAUUAAUCGUGAUUUAACUGCUCGCUAUCAUGCGAUUAAUUAAAAAAAUAUUGAAAUUAAUGCUUAAUAAAUAAGUGAAUAUAUAGUCACACAGGACUCAUUAAAAAGACUAAAAAAGCAGAUCUAAAGUCUCCUUUUUCAAAAUAUUGGCGCUCUGAGCAUCAGUCAGGUCCUCAGGUCGGCUUUUUUAUGGACGUUGGGCUGUAGUGAUGAAAAGCUGCUUCACUGUGGGUCUUUGGGCACCAUUAAAAGAUCACUAACAGGAGACCUGAGGGUCUUCACAGUCUCCUCAGUUAAAGGCAAACCUGAUAAAUAGGUUGCAACUAGACCACGAAGACAUUUGAAAACCAUUUUUAAAAAUCAAUACGUUUAAAUCAACAAUUUGGAGGCACUUUUUUAUGUGUCAGGCAUCAUCUGUCAUUACAAUUGACCUGACAUAGAAAAGCAUACAAGUGGAUCAAGAAGGAGCUUAAUUAUUGAUUAUUAUGAUUGGUUAUGUGAAAUAUCCACCAAUCAGAGAGGCACUGAUAUCGGACAGUAGAGCUGUGUUAUCAGUCUGUCUCUGCCUCUCAGCGUGAGGGAGAAAUGUGCUACCUGUGAGAAUGUAAACAAACCUUCAGCCUGCACUGGCUUUACCCACCCACGCUCACACACACAUACACGCUCACACACACAUACACACACACACACACACAUCGGCUCUGCUCUCAAGGCUGUCUCCCUGGUGAGGCCUUGUCUGUCCCUCCACUCUGUUAAUCAGUGUCUCCUGACAAAGAACUCCCUCCUCCUCCUCCUCCUCCUCCUCUUCACCACCUCCACCUGCACCACCAGCAGUUGCGCCGUGGGCCCUGUGCUGCCAAAGGGAAAGAAAAAUCGAUGGUUCCUCUAUCUAUCGACAGGCAGUGCAGACAACAGCGUGUGAAUCACAGUUCACAGGCGAUGGCUGACUGAUUGGGACAUCGAUCUAGAAAAAUCUUUAUAAAACUCAUUACAGCGUGACUUGUCAUCAGAUCAGAAGAGAGGAGGAGGAGGAGGAGGGAUGCAGAAGUGUAUUAAUGUGUGUUUCACUUGCAGGGGUGUCAGAUAUAUUCUCACAUUACUAAUCCAUUCAUGCAGGAAGGAGGGGAAAUUACAGGUUACAUGUGUCAGACGAACAAAUAGAGUCAUUGUUACCUGCAGUGGAGUUUCUGGUUUUGUUUCCCAGCUGUUCGAGGCGGCAUGACGUCUUCCUCAUUGAUCAGCUUAUUAACCUUUUCCCCGUUAUUGAGCACACGCGAGCCCCGCCGGAGCCCCAGUCACUUGUUAACAAGCUUGAGGAGCGUACUCUACAUGGCAGGGUGCGUUCGGGCUGACAGCUACCCACAAUGCACUCCUCUGUGAAUCCCAAGUGGGCCCGAGAUGAUAUGAAAAAGAUUCUCCUAUUUUUAACUCUGGAUUUAAAGGGAUAAUUCAGAUAGGUUCUAUGUACAAGUGGUCCACAGAUUGCAGUUUUCAACUUGUUGAGGCCGAUAAAUAGGGAGUUGUUGUUUUUGGAGAGGUAGGUUGAAGCUAUUUAGCUGAUAUGUACUUACCCUCAUUCCUUCCUAUUCCUUUACCCUUUACAUGUCUUAAGAAAUUUCUGACGUUGCAAAAAAGUAACCAAAGCUCCAAAGUCUAGCAUGACUAUAUAACUAAUCAUUAAUACUAAAACAAAGACCUUGAAUACUAGGGCCCGACAGAUAUGGAUUUUUUGGGGCCGAUGCCGAUACCAAUUAUUAGGGGGGGGGGAAAUCUGAUUACCGAUUAAUCUGCCGAUUUUUAAAAUUUUUUAUGACAUUUUAAAAGUGCAAACAGUUAAAAUAAAAUUAACUUCCAACUCAAAAUGAGGAGCACUCGAUAUACUGUACGCUACUGCUCUUCACGCCGACAGGAAGACCGACCGAUCAUCUCAGUUCAUUAGUAUGAUGGAAGAAUCCUACCUUGUUAACAAUCCUUAUUGCUCUAUUUUGCAAAAUAUAAAUAGGUUGAAAAUUCGUUUUGUAUGUAUUUCCUCAGACUUUAAUGCAAUAAGUCAGAUAUGGUAAUAUGAGCAUAUUGUAUAAUAUUUAUAAAGUUUUAUGGUUUAAUAUGUGUCUUGUCCUACCCAAAUUGCCAAUACUCCUAGCCAGCUUCAACCUAACAUAGUUUAUUUGGGGUUUCCAGCUGAGAUUAUGGUCCAUUUUCACCCCUAAAAAAGUACACUCAUACACCCUUUCUAUCUUAGUAUUAUCAAUACUCACUUCAACCUCUGUAUCCAAACACUAUGAACUUUGUCUCAGUCAUGUUUGGAGAGAGUUUAUUCUCAUCAAACUGUAAUUUCAGUUUACUGAACUCCACUGAGGUAUCCUGCAAUAGAUGGUUAAGAUUCUCUCCUGUACAAAAAAUAUUAAUAUCACUGGCAAAAAUAACAAAUUUUAAUACACUUGAAACUUUACUUACAUUUAUAUAUAAUAUGAAUAACUUGGGUCCCAAUAUUGAACCCUGUGGCACUCCACAAAUAACAAAAAUUUGAGAACUAAAUUCAGAAUAAAACGAAUUUGCUGGACUUAAAUGAAGGCUUUAUUAGAGAUGCACAAUAUUGGACUUUUGCAGCUAUCCAAUGUGUUGAUAGCUAGUAAACUCAUAUUAUUGUAUUGUGUUAUAUGCAUAAAAAAGGAGCAACAAAUAUUGGUUAUCGGCUGAUCUGCUCUCCCAUUAUUGGUAUUUGCAUCAGCCAUUGAAAAACUGAUAUCAGUCAACCACUUCUGCAGAGUCUGCAGACAUUGUUUAUCUUUCUAAUCAGCCGAGGUCGUUUAUUAUUAAUUGGUUAGCUGGUGUUUAGAUGUGCCUCUGUCAUCAGAACAGUCCCUGUAUGGAGGAGCUGUUUGUUCACUGGAGCCUCUUUAUGAACCUCUGCAGACCAGACCACGCAAAGUGUUUACUUAAGCUACUUAAUACAAGUCUAACAAAGUGCAUGCUGAACUUGUAGAUAUUUUCACUCACAGUGAUCCUGCAGUCUGUCCAUGCAGGUCCUAUGAAUACAAUCCUAGAGCUGAAAGAAAAGUCACUUAAAACCAAGAUAAAGUGGAGACUUAGAUUUACUUCUUGUAAGUACCUAAAGCAGAUUUAAUGGCCUACUGUGCUUCAUUGUACAGUUUCACUCUCUGCCUGGUAUGUGGAAGAACCUGGUUUGGUUUUCUUCACUUUUCUCGUGUGAACAGAAAAAGGAAUCUCUUUCAAAUGCUAAUUCUCCAUUGUGCCGUCAGUCACAUGAAUCAAAAAUUAGAUCUCGCUCUCUCUCAUUCUCACCUGCUCAUGUGAACAUUUUCUCUGAAGCAUUCUCACACACAUUCACACAAAUACACACCCUUUUUUUUUUCCAAUGAGUGGAUCUCCAUAAUUUGUCCCAGCACAGUGCAAUCUCGGGAAACCAGUUGGAUGAAAUUCUCUGAAAAUGACGCUUCAUCAGAUGAGUCGUAUCAGGUUUUUGUUGCUCACUUUCUCUGGCAGAGGAUGAGAGUAUUGUGAGAAAACUAAAGAAGAAAAGAAAGAUGAAACUGGUUCCUAUUUUAGGUCUGCAGAAUAAAUCACACCUUGAAUAGGACGAAAGCUGCAAGAUGCACAAACCGGAUCUGUGGCUUUACAACAAAGCAGCCUCCUGCACAGUAAUGGUUUUAAUGAAACCUAAUUAUUAUUUAACUUGAUCCCGACAGGACAAUUAAUAGAGCACCUAGAAACUAGAACAACCUUUUUCCCACGGAGCAGAAAAUUUUUUCGUAACUACAAUGAAGUUGACUAACCCUCACAGCCCGGUCAUGAGUUUCACUGUUGACUCAUCUGUUUAUCUGCUUCGGUUCAACAAAACUGGAAAUUAUUUCACUUCCAGAUUUACUUGAGUGUAAUCCUUCGAUGUCUCUGGAGACCCUUUGUAGCUUUGUUAAUUUUAUCGGCUUCUCCAGAAAAAACGUGUCCAGAUGAACUUUUUCUUGAAUGUACUUACCCACUGAGCAACAGUCAGAUAUUAGAUGUCCAGUUUUGUUUUAGAACUAAUUUCAACUGUCUAGAUUCUGUAUAUUUUCAGACAGAAUUUAGACGUCGCACUUUAACCCAUUAUUCGAUAACUAUUUAUUUCAAAAAGCAACAGUGGGUUGCAUAACUGAUCCCCAAGUACUCAACCAAAAUAAUUAUGAUAGCCAUUGAGCAAUAUACAGCGUAGUAUAUAAAAAGCCCAGAUUUAGACUUGGUCUAAACUUGAUCUUAAUUUAGACAUCUAAAAAAAACUUUCAUUUUUAGACCUGUGGUAGCCUGAUUUUAGACCAGUUGUCUAGGCUACAUUAAGACGUCUAUUAGACCUCUUUUAGACCAAAAAAUGCUCAGUGGGUACCUUGCCAUCAUCUCUGGGCCCUCACUGCAAUAAAAACAAACAUGGCUCUGAAGUGAAAAUCACUGCAUGGGUUCAGAUUCACUUGCUAACACAAUGGUUUGUGAACGGGUUGCUGCACCCACGAAUGCAAGUCAAAACUUUAAUAAAUAUGACUCCAGAAUACCGGCGCUUUUCUUCAGAUUUGACAUCUUUUUCGAGAUCAUGGACACCACAUCCUGCACUCUUAAAAAAAAAAAGGGACCACUCAAUUUGUUACAUAGAAUGAACGCCGUCUGCCUCCUCACUGGGUGAAGCCACUCCGAGAACAGCACCCUCUGGUGACUGGCUGCAGUAUAGGUCAUAUAUCCUGCCUAGGUUUAUGGCUCUGUAGUAGAAGAGUUCUAGUACUAGACUGGGCUUCCUGAAGUCACCUGGAGUUCCAGACCUAUCAUAGCCAAAUCGUCAUCAGUUUUUUUACUCCCAUCAAUUCAAACCUGGAGACAGAAUACUGCUUCAUUUAUGUUGUGUUACCAUCUUUGUGUAGAGUAAAAUAUGCAGCCUUUGCAGUCUGUGUGUAACAUCUUAAUGAAGCUAAAAUCCAGCUACUUUACGGCAAACGCACAAAGACAGAGAUGGAGUGUUUUUAUCAUUGGCUGCACACUGAUGUCUCAUCUAUCAGAGGACAGGCCUAUAUGGAGGCUAACAGAGCUACGCUAACAGACUCUUAUAUAAUUAAUCAAACAGAGACACUUUCCUACAGGGACACAAUGAAGCAAUUUAUAGUUCACGCCAUCUGUUACCAUGACAGCACACCUGCCCUAAUGCUAGAAAGCACCCAGCAUGCACACUAAUGUAAAGAUACAAGAACACACACACACACACACACACUCGUUCAGCCGCAGAAACAAAACAACAGAUUUUUUAAUUGAAUGGUAAUAUUGAUUGAUCCCUCCGUCUGGGGAGGUGGUAUGUUAUGUCUGUUUGCCAGCUCACGGGUUCGAUUCCUUGUUAUCUGCCUGAACGCCGCUGUCACCGUGCAUGUGCUCAUCCUUCCUCGUUUCUGCUCUGUUGUUUCCUCAUCUCUUUCCCGUGGAGUGUGAGGAGGCAGGUGUCGUCCGAUCCGGGGCAGGGCGUCCGAUGGCGCUGAUGAAAAAAAUAAUAAAAGUGACAUCUCUGAGUGGAAGAAGCGAUGAUGGAUCGCUGGAAAAUGGUUCGGUUUUUCCUUCUUAAGUGCAGGAGGGAGAGGCAGGCUGAGCUGCAGCAGCUGUGGCUGAUCUCUCUGCAGUUUGAUUAGAUGAGAGGGCUGAACAAUUAGACUGAGCUCAUUAAACAAGUGGCUUCAUGGCCCCGCUCUGGUGAUUAUCUAUCAGUGAUUAGCAAACGAUGAAGUCUCUCGAGUCAGAAUUUGGUUAAUGUUAUGCAGAGACUGAAUAGGGUUCCCGAUUGGUCUGUCAUCUUCCUCGUGGAAGGUCAAAGUUUGGCAUUUGGCGGUUGGCAUCUUGUUUUUCGUGACAGGAAUGACCUUAUUUAGAGGAGAGGGCAGUGCGAGGGAUUGGCUAACACCAAGCUUUUUUUUAACAGGUAAAUGAAUAAGGUGACUACAUUGUUUUCCACAGAAGAAGACUCUAUUUAUGGCGACUUAAGUUUUUAAAAAAAGUCAAAAUUGAGCACAAUGUAACUAACAAGGUCAAAUUCUGCCCAAAAAUCACUAUACCUGAAGCCUUUUUCAUUUCUGUUUGAAACUGUUUAUCACCUUUUUUAGUAGCAACAGUGACAGCUGUUUGAAAUGCCACAAAAAUAAACCACUCUAUGCAACAUGAGAAUGAUUUAUCUGUAUAUUCUCCCACAAACUAUGUCUUUAAAAUCACUUAAUCAAACUUAAAUGAUUCAUUAACAUUUCAAACUUAAAAUUGUGGCUAAAAUGCGAGGUUUUCUGCCUUGUGUCUAACAAACACCAGACUUUCUCCUGCAAAACAUGACAGGAAAUAACUAAAUAUAAGAUAUAAUUGUAAUACAAAAGCACAAUUUGAUGAUUGUGACCUAAGACCUUUCGAUUAAUCUUAAUUUUUCCAGGGGGUGUUAGCAACAUUCAGAUACCAAAAUGCUCCAGAAAGUCAUGGAACAGACCUAAAACCACUCAGAUCCAAGUGUAGAUGUUUGCUUUUAAUUUUCAUUUCAAAAAUGUUCAUUUUCAGUGAUGGGCCUGGCAACUUCAAAUCACAAGCUAGGCUUUAGCACCCACCCCAAACAGCAUCAAUAACACCACAGACCUGUAUAACUUUAGUAAAUGUCCUCACUUAUUGUAUUUUUAUUAAAUUUUUUUAUUUUUAAAUUUGGCUAAAUGGGGAUCGACUCACAUUAGGAUGCAGCCUCUAAAGGCCACUUGAGGAACUGCAGCAUUUAGCGCCUGUGCAUCGUCUCUAUUUUCAGCGCUUGUUUUAUUAUCAGUGUGAGAGGCUGCAGUUUUUCAACAGCACGCAAACACACAGAGGAAUAAUUGUGGAUUUUUUUUCCUGUGCCCACUCAGAUCUCAACAGUCACGGCUACAUCAGGGAGAGCUGGUCUUCGACUGCAAGCGGAGCUGACCCAUUUCCAGAGCUGCCACAUACCAGUGAACCUCAGCUGGACCUCAGCGCCCUGGUUUCCUUGGAGACUGACAGCGCAGGGGAGGAAGGCAGUGAGGAAACUAUCGUGUAUCUAUGA